ACAUGCGUUGCGUGUUAACUCCUCGGUCGCUAACGCUGCUAACGUAGUAACGUUUCCGCGUUCAAUCCGUAAGCUGUGCACGUUCUGUCGGUAUUAUUGUGUUGCCGUCAGUCGCGCCGUCGUGUUUCGUGUACAAAUAUAAUUUGCGAAAUUUCCCAAAAAAAAACAUUAACCGUUCAAAGUUACGUAUAUUUAUUAUUUUUUUUUUUAAUCAAAAAUUUUAAACUUCGAUUCCGGACCGUAGUCGCCGACAAAUAUACCGAACAGUACCUGGACUAUAAUAAUAUUAUUCGUCCGCGUGCACUACCUUAUUACGCCCAAAUAUCGAUUUCCAGUUGACCGGGAAACCGAGAUAAAUUUUCAAGCUAAAUUUUUCGAAUCAGGUCAGUACUAUAAUAUUUAUUAUAUGCUUAUUAUUUUUGGUUUUUUAUUUUUUUUAAUUAUCAUAAUUUUUGAUACAUGAUAAUUUUAUUAUUGGACGUGUUAAAUCGUUAACAAUUAUCGCGGUCAAUUAAAAGGAAAAAAAAAACAUUGCGUUAUAAAUAUAAAAUAUUAUUUACAAUAAUUUCAGUACCGAUAUCGGUUUGGAUUCGAAUUGUUUUGCCGCAGUAUUCACGCUUAUCCAUCUAAUAAUAACGCAAUACAUUGGUUUUUGUCGCGUGUUUCGUUUUUGAGUUUGGUCAAAUAAUAUGCUAAUAAAUUAUAAUAUUAUUAUUAUUUUCGGAAUUGUUUUUGGCAUACCCACUACCUAGCACCCGGGUGAUAUGAUAUCAUUGUACUGUCCGUACUGUACCUGGUAAUUUAGUUUUGUUUUGGCCUGGGAAUUAGGUAGGUGCAUAGAUAUAAUCACAACGCCCCGUACACUUACGAAAUGCAUACGUGUGAAUUGGGUUCUGAAAAUUGUUGAUGUCGCGAACAAAAAAAAAAAAAAAAAAAAUAUAUAUAUAUAUAAUACGAUAAUUAAUUUAUUCGAGUGUCUGAUAUAAUAAAUGGUGUCUCCUUCGUACGAUUGCGAACAUAGUGGCGUGGGCAAUGUAGAUUGGACGGGCACGUUAUUUCAUCAUUUUCGAUGAGUACUCGCCUAAAUUUUUCUAGGACACCGCAGUGUAAUCCGAGUAUCGUUACUGUACUGAAAUAAUUGGUUGUGCGAUGGCGAAUCGGCACCUAUAUUAGCGCGCGGGAUAUUUUUCAUUUACUAACCAGUGCGAAUGUUUCGCGCGAAGUUGUUAAAAAAAGAUGAAAUAACAGUCGGGCACUACUCAAUAUUAAGUUUUUUUUUUGUUUUUUUGUUUUUUUCCGACCGGUCGCGGAUACCGGUAUUUUUAAUGAAGCCCGUCGCGUAUUGUUUCGUCUUAAUUUCCCCUAAGUUCGUACGGAUAACCUCGGAAUGGACGACGGACGCAAUAUUGAGAUGAAUUGAACACUGCCGUAUGUGGUGAAUUGUGUAAAACGUUCGGGAAAAAUAAAAAUCUGAAUUGGAUCUGCACGUUUCUAAGCUUUUGGUGGGUUUUGGAAAUUCCAAUUUCGUAUUUUACGCAUCGCUGGUACGUUUCGGAGUUGUCGGGAAAUGUAAACCUAUAAUCUAUACAAUUGACCAGAGGUUCCCAAACUUCUCACCCCCCCCCCCCCCCCCCCNCUGUAGACCAUUUGAUAAUUUAUCCUGUUUUUCUGUAGCCUCCCCCCCCCUCAAUAUCGUUUAUCUCCCUCUAUUUAUAUUUCAGUCACCACCAAUUUCUUUGUCGACGGUACAGACUCCUGGCACGUCGAAAUGACAGACGCUCGGGCUCUGCAUAGAUCACUUUGGGAACCUCUGCAAUAGACGGUAAUUACCGUUGCCGGAAUAAAUAAAUAUUACAUUAUAUUAGGUAUGUUAAUAUUUAUGGACGCGUACCAAUAACAUAAUAUGGACGUAAUCGGAUUGUCGCUUUAUUAUCGGUUUGGAAAUCGCUCUAGUGAGCGGGUAAACAAUUAGAUUUUCCACGAAACAUAAUAAUAAUUUAUUUUUGAUUUAUAAUUUAAGAUCCGAACGGCGGCGGAGUGGGGGCGGGGGUAAGGAUUCGCGUUGACGUGAGAGAGAGAGAGAAGAAGAUCGACGAACGUUAUAUAUCGUUUGGGCGCGCGCACGCACAUCUUUCUCUUCUGUACCACGCGUACCUACCCACCUACUUGUUGUAAAAUUCUUUAUGAAAUCAUUGUGUUUUUUCAAAAUGAUUGACACGACGCGCCGUCGUGUUUAUUGUGUAGCAGGUUGACGUAAAAAUUGCCGUCUCGGUCAACAUAACAUUGUGUACAUCCGUGGGUAACGAAAGAGAGAAAAAAAAAAAAACCCGCUUACCUGUAAUUUUCGCGUCUCUGGUUCUCUUUGCGCGCACCCAAUAACAUUGGAAUCGGGGACAAAAUGUAUUCGACCACUGUAAUAUUUAUUUAUGUAUUUCUUUUUCCUAUAUUUCGACGGCCGUGAUUUCAAUGUCGUCCGUUUUACGCCUGUAAUAAUGUAAAACAAUCGUGAUGGUUUAUUUGUUUUCUUUUUUCUUUUCUAGCAGAUAUUAUUCGUGUACAGUCGAUAAUAGCGUGAAGUGUGUGUGUGUGUGUGCAUUGUUUACCUCUACUGCAGCGGGUGUUUGUCGUCGGUUUUUUUUUUCUAUUAAUUCUUUAAAAAACUAUAAAUAGGCAUGCACGACAUUUUCCGUUUAUAUUACCUAUAUUAUUCAACACAAUGUUAUAACUGAGUGGUCAACAUUAAUGUACGCACCUGCUUAUAAAUACGAGUCCGUUUGAAAUGAUUAAUGCAAAGCAACGUGAUUUGUAUUUAUAAGUAGGGUAUAAGUAAAUACUAGAUACAUACUUACCUAGGUGCCUACGUUGUUAUGAUAUUUUUCACUGAGUUUUUUUUGUAUUUUUGUCCCCAACUUCUUCCGAGGUCAUUUGAUAUUUUCGUGUAUAAUAAAUUAAGAUUUAAAGAGUAUUCAAAUGAGGGUUGCUCUAUGUCAUAGUCGUUAUUUCUUUUACUACCUACCCGCAGUCUAAUAAUAAUAAUAAUAAUAAUAAUAAUAAUGGUGGUUCGGUCUUCUGUACUAUGUAUUUUUUUUCUUUUUUUUUCUAGAUAAUGUACGGUUUUAGACAUCUGAGAGUUAUUUACAAAUACAAUAAUAUCGUUGAGUUAUACCUCGAGUUAUACCUAGGUAAUCGUAUAAAAAUCAAACCCAAGACCCAACCCAUUAUAUAGACGUCGGUUUUUUAUUAGGUUUUAUAUUAGGGGGGGCCUGUGCGCUCUGAAGCGUGUUGAGAAAUAAUAUGUGUAGAUGGGUCGAGUAUACGGUGUCUAAUACCUGCUACACACAUUGCACGUAUACAAUUAAUCUGUAAUAUAUUUAACCAGACUUCAUCCCUCUCUCAUUUUUGGGUUAUCCAUGUCGACCUUCGUCAGUUUUCUCCCUUAUAUAAUUCCAAUUGUAACGUAAAAACUCCAGACGAAUAAUACGUUGGGGAUUUUCGUUAUAACUUGAUGAACGGCGUUUAUUGUGUUUCUAUACCUGUUUUUUAACCUGUAGUUUGUACGUUCGAAAUCGGUCAUAAUAACGACCAAUUGUCUAAUGUGUAUAUAUGUAUGUAUAUAUAUUUUUUUUAUUAGUGUCUCGAAGCGUUUUCGAGUGUUGAGGGAACGACGUGUUCGUAACGGGAGAGGCGUUUUCAACACCAAAUUAUUAAAACAUCCCUCUAAUAUUAUUAAUUGAAAAUAAAGCCACCUCGCGGGCCAUUGUACCGCUUUGCGUGUUUAAUACUUAAUACGUGUAAUUAUUCUACGGAGUUUUUUUUUUUUUUUCUUACUCGACAUUAUUGCAGGUGUAAUUUUCCCAGGUUUUGUUCUUUUAUGAAAUACAAUUGCUUAAAGAAUUCUGCGGUACAAGCAUAUUUAUUUAAAACAGUAUGGGCGAAGCCAAAUUACAUAAUAGAAAUGUAUAGUAAAUUACAGUUAAUAGAUAACAGUAAGACAAAAUGGUGGUUACGAUAGAAAACUGGUUGUUUAUUAGCCAUGCGCAUCAUACUAUCAUGGAUAAGGUAAUUGCGACCGUAGUUUGUAGACAAAUUAUCGGCGUUGAAAAAGGAGUAUGGAAACGGAAAGAAUGCUGAGGCACUCUAAAUUUGAUACUUGAGAGGAGAGUGGGGCAUCCAUAGAACCAUCUAAGAGUUUGUGUGGAAAUUAUAGAUUUUCAGCUGAUUUUCUGUCAGCUAGUGAAGUAAGUGUUAAUUCGGUGGGCUCAGGAAAUUAAUCAUGUGGGGUAUGACCAAUUUUUCGGACAUAGGAAGCGAAUGAAAAGAAACGUUUCUGGACAUGCUCAAGUUGGAGGGAGCUUGAAGCUGUAUCAGGGUCCCAUUACACGGAAACGGAACCAUAUUCUACAAUAGAACGAACUAAGGAGCAAUAAAGUAGUUUUAUAGAAGACUUAAGCUUAAAUCCAAAUGCUAUUCGCUUGACAAUUCCUAAUACUUUGAGAACUCUGCAAGAUGAUGAUUCAAUGUGGUGGUAAAAAUCAAGUGUGGGGAUGUAAAGAAUACCCAGGUAUUUUGCACUCUUCACUGAAACAAGGGUAAAAUUGUGGAUCUUGUAUUUAAAAGGAAUAACAGAUCGACAUCUAGUGAACGACAUAAUUUGGCACUAUCAUAUUGAGACUUAGCCCUAGAGAAUAUAAGUAGGGAACCCAAAUUGUCCACAUUAGAUUGGAGUAAGUGACAAUCAUUUAUGGAUGUUAUUUCCCGAAAUAAUUUGAGGUCGUUGACGAAAAGAAGGAAAUGGCAGUUUAGGUAGUAUUUGUUUUAAAUCAUUCAAGAAUAAGACAAAUAUUAGUAAAGAUAAAUGAAAAAAAAAAAUUAAUAUUGUUAUUUAAACGCAGAUACAAUAUUAUAGUAUUUUUAAUUAUAAAUUUAACCAAAAAUCAUCAAAAUGGUGUGAGUAGGUAUUUAGCGCUGUGAGCAGAGGAGAGUGGUUAGGGGUUUUCUCACCCAUCCAAUAAUUUACGAUAACUGAAUAUUUUGUUGAUAAUUUUAUCUUGAAAUAGUGUGUUUCGAGGUAUUUCAGCCGAGUUGUAAAGUAAAAAGUUUGAUUUAUUGAAUACAAAUUGAUAUCUUUUUUUUAAAUUUGCUUCUAGUUAAGUAUAACAGAAGACGAUUCUUCGAUUUUUUCUAUUCUAAUUGUUAUUUACCAUGUUCCUUUUCACCAUCCAUUGAAAAUUCCUAGAUACGCUACUGUAGGUUCAUGCAUAUCUUUAAUGUGACUGUAUAGUUAUAAUAAUAAAAUCCAUAUACUUAUAUUUUAUGGAACGCUGGUUAUAUUGAAUUUUUUUAAUAUUAAAGCGUCAUACCGAUUACUUAUAUAGGUACGUUAAUAAGUAGUUUUAAACGUUUUUUAGAAAAAAAAAAAAAAAAUAACUCAUUGACUUUUGUUUAUAACGCAGUAAAACCCCCCUGUACUUACCUAUAAUUUAAUGGUAGGGAGCUGAUAAGAGAUUGUAUGUAUCGGUAUCGGUCAGAAAAUCAAAAUAUGAUUAUUAGGUCACAAUAAUAAUAAAAUUCUCGUUGCCGAGUGGCGGCAAGCAGUUCGUUUGAUCAACAAAACAACAUUAACAUCGGACUGGUAAAUAACCACUAGGUACGAUAUAGAAUAAUAAUAAUAAUAAAAUAAAAGCCAUUGUCCCCGGAGGCUAGAUUAAAUCAUAACAGGUUUUUUUUUCGGUACCUCGAGCUUAGAAAAAAAAAAAAAUGAGCCUUUUAAUUUGUAUUGUACAUUUUAGUGUACCAGUAGGUACGUAGGUAUACUUGUUCUUAAAAAUACGAUUUAUUUAUUUUUUUUGAAUUUAUUUUUCUUUCUUCAAAGCCGACCGGAUAAUAAUAAUAAUAAUAGACGUCUGCUGGCGGGACCCCUGUGGUGGUUGUCGGAUAAAUCAAACGCUAUUUGUAAACGGGGAAAACGAAAGAAAUAUCGUGAAUACAAGAGAGAGAGAGAGAGAAAUAGUGAUUUUUUCGGUUCAAUCUUACCAAUUAAUCUAUCUAGUAAAAAAUACAUAAUAUCUUUUCAAACAUAUAAUUAUGUGACGGGUAUAAUAAUUAAAAUUCGGUCGAUUUUUCUGUAUUUUUAACGAAUUUAAGAAUUUUUAUCACAACAUAGAUAAAACAUGUUUCGCUCAAUCAAACAUGAUUUUUAUAAAUUUCUAGGAUUUAUUCUCCCCUCCCCCUCCUAAAAAAAACCUACCAAUAAUGAUUUUAUUUUUCGGAAUUGCGCCUGAGAUCCAUAUGGAUGUAGGUAAUGAGAAAUAGGGUAUAAACAUUAUUUCAUUUUCCUACAGUUAUAUUAAACUUACAAUACGUCAUUUGGUAAAAUUUAACCAUCGCACAUUGUGUGAUUUGUGAUGAAAAGAAAAAUUGAAAGAUCGUCGUUAUAGAUAGUCGAAAAUAAAUGCAAAUCAUACUGUAAACCUGCAGACAUUCUGCGCAACCUCUACAUUUAUACUAUUAUUUUUUGAUUUUUUUUUCCGUUGGUUUUUUCCUUGGACAUUUCUUCCGGCAUUCGAUGUAUAUACAUUGUACAAUGUACACGUAUCAAAGAAAAAAAAACUAUGUCCUACUAACACAUAAUCACAUCUCUUAACUGUAAUUUCCAAGGUAAAUGCCAUAGACAUCUAGUUUUUUUUUAUUCUUUUCAAACUGAAAAAAAAAAUUAAUUCUACAGAUACGUGUUAUAUACAACUAUAGACUAUACUAAUUUUUGAUUUUUACUUAAAAAAAUAACUAUAAUGUUAUUAAAAAAAAAAUGUCCUCGUAAUUAAGAAAAUACAUACUUAAACUAAAUCCCUGACUAAAUUUUAUGUAGUAACUUGUCUUAAAUACAAUAUGUAUUCUAUUUCGUAUUUUAGAAUUUUUUUUUUUUUGGUUAAGCUCAUUAAAAACCACUGCAGUAUUUACUAUUCAUAUUGUAUAUUAUGUUUGUUGAACUUACAAUUUUAUUCGUUAUUGCUUUUUUUUGGGCUCGUCGGAGAUCACUGUUUAUUAUUUACUGGGGAAAUGCCGAAUGACACGUAGUUAUAAUUCUUGACUAAUCAGCAAAUAAUCAUCCAUCCGAGUAUUUGACAUCGUUCGACACUGCUUAAGGCGCUUAUCAUCAUGUACCAUAGCACAUUGUUUCCUAAACAUAUCUAAUCACACAGUCCGAGUUUAUAGCCCAAACGGUAUGUACUACGACGGUAGUUUUUCAUCGAAUAAGACCUAGGUUUUGUUUACAUCAAGGUCAUUAACUUCCUUGGAACAUCAGGUUCGGACCAACUGGUAGGUUAUGUUUUUAAUUACCUUGUGUUUUAUAUAAACCAGUAGUCGAUUUUCGUUUGGGUACGAAUAGGGUUUAGGGAAAUCAAAAAGGGAAAUUAUUUUCCAUAAAGCAGUAUUUAUCGGCUUUGGACUAAAAGUACGUUAUGUUUUGUAAAACUCAACCUAAUUUUUGUAAAAUUUCCAAACAACUCUGAUAAGAUCUGGAAAUACUCUUCCGGACUUCCUCCUUUGAUAUAUCUACUACGUAUGUUAAAUUUUGCAUUUUUACGUAAUUACGAAACAAACAAUUAAUCGUAUUAUCAUAAUAUUAUGCAUGGUUGACAGUUGUCACUCUUUUUGCUACCGUGCAUAUCUAUAAAUAUUUAUGGUGCCUAUAAUACCUACUAGUUUCGUUUAGUUACCUUUAGUAUGUCGUCAACUCUGCGCAAAUCGAUUGUACAUAUUUUAGCUUUUAGGACAAUGAAAUAACGAAUAAAUAAUAUUGUUCUACAUCACAAAUAACAUAAUUGUAACAUAAUAUUAAACAACAUGUGUCUAUGAUUAAUGCUAACAUGUGCAUAAACAUGAACGCGUGUGUAAAUGCAUUUGUUUGUUAAAAAAUAUUCGUAUCUUAACUGACGAAGACAAAAUUGUGGUAAUAAUGAAUUUUACUUCGCUCUGAUGAAUAACAUAAUAUCUAUGUAGGUAUAACUUGUAACGUACAUCGGCAUUCGAAUUAAUCAGCUAAUAAAAUAUUAUUUUUAAUAAGAUUUAUGUAAUAUCAUUUUGUUAAGCAUGCUAGUCGGUUAGAUGUUUGAUCGCAAAUUUUCGAGAAAAUUCCUAUAAAUAGUUCAUUUUUUUAAGACCCAUAAUAAUUUAAAAUAAUCAGAAAAGUAACUCAUCCAAGUCGCUUGCAAAUCAUAAUAUUUUAGAAUUAUUGAUAUAACCAUUUAUAAUAUUUUUUUUAUUUGUGUAUACGAUUCAUGCAACACGGCUGGCUGUCACUAUAUAUUAUAACGGUAUGAAAGUAGGCAAGUACUAGGUAUACACUGACUGUUGAAAGUAGUUAGUGAUGAUUCCCGUAGUAACUAUAGUUGGUAAUACAUAAUUGUACAACAUUAGAUAUAAUAAAGUUUAAGAAACAGUAAAAUUUAACUUUCUUUUUGUCAACGUCAUCUAUAUAAUAUGUAGUUUAAGGCACUUUCUUUUGAUGUGUGCGGUUUGUAAAAAAAUAAUCCUGCGUUUUAAAUGGAGCGUAUCAUUUGACCAAUAUACAUUUAUUGUUGAGGUAAUAUCGUUAUAAUUAUACUAUAUAUACAUAUGUCUAUUUAUUCGUUCAAUUUAGUAAAAAAAAAAAAAAAUCUAGAAAAUGAAAAUAUCUUUCAUUUUUUCAUCUAUGAUAAAUUGUCGUGUCGACCGUAACUAGAAACUGUAUAUUGUACGUUAUAGGGGUAAUAAGUAUUUGUUUAAGUUUUCAUUCACGUAUAAAGUAAUGGCACAUCAUUAUAUCUAACUAAAAAAAAGUAGUUAUUCAUAUUAUGUAGUCCUUAAAUCGCAUAAUAUUAUUGUAAAAACAUAUUUGAAUAAUUAUCUCGAUAAUUAUUAUUAUCAAUUGCUAUUUUGAAAGGGAAAAUGUUUGUGUAGUUUAAACCUAUAUCGAUAAUAAACUUAUAUAAAAGAUUUAGAUUAGAUAUGCACAGUUAUACAAGUAUAAUACUUGUUGUACCUUGUAUAUUUGCAUCUUCGAAGUGUUUUCACUAGACGAGUACGGUGUUAUUUAAUACUUUUUUUUUGACACUUGUGUGUUAGCUAUACUUAUUUGUCAUUUUGUUUGUGUUUUUAUUUUUUUGUCCAUCUAUACUUUGGUAACAAAAUAUUAUUGUAAUUCGAGUAUCUAUUCGCACAAUCCGAUCGCCCGUGCAAGUUAACCAUUAUUAUUAUUAUUAUUCGUGCGGCAAAACUGGUUUUCUUAUUAUGUAAACCCGAACGUUAAACCGGACGGGGCUGCGAUGUGCAUCUGUCUGUCGUGCAGCAACAGCAACAGUGGCCUGUGCUCGCCGAUCCGGAAACACAAAUGAACUUGUUCGGUGUGGGAAAAAGUACCUAUAUAUAGGUAAUGGGAUAUUUUUACGAGUAUGACUCGUAGACAUAUAUAGUGGCAUUUACUUCCGCACAGGAAGUCAAAGACAGGUAGACAUGUGCGUGUGUGUGUCUAUCACUAUCCGCCGCGAGUCCAUUGACAUAUUGAUGUGUACCGUACUUAUAAUACGACUACCUACUAUACUUAAUAAUAAUUAUUUUUUAUAUUACCUAUUAUAUAUAAUUUUUGUUACCUAUAUAUUUUUUAAGUAACUCUCGCGUAUACCGGUUUAUUGUGUACUCCAGUUAUAAAUAUCGUAAUAAAUGUAUUUUGAAGUGUUUAUUCGGCCUCUAGGGUUCUAAAACCUGCCUCCUAAAGAUUUUGGUAAUUUUCGGGAUCUCGUAUCGUAUAUAAAGUUCUGACGGAUAAAAAUACACAUAAUAUUACUCAUGCAAAUGUUUAUUGUUUCGUGAGAUUAAAGACCCGAUUGAGGAUAAUUUCUUACUUUGUACUUUCUAAAGUUUUCCAUAGUGCGAAACGCUCAUCGCGCAAGCUCCGACCCUCAAUCGACCAGUUUUUUACUACGUCUCCCCACCUUAAACCCGGCUUUCCCGAAGUACUUUUCUUUAUUGGGUUCUGUUCCAGUAGUAGAAGUGGGUUUUGGCUUGUUCACUAGGUAUUAUUCAGAGACACGUUUCACAUGGAUUUUGUUGUCUGUGUUUUACAAACUCACGACAAAGCAAAUUGGUGAAAUUUGUAUUCAGCAAAACCAAUGUUAUGCCUUUAGUUUUAAUAUUAGAGUGAAUUGAUUUAUCAUCAAACUUAAAGAUAAGAACAUUAUUUGUGUAUAUUUUGGUUUUUUUUCGAUCUUUUAAUUUUCAAGCGAGAUAAAUUGUGAUAAACUAUUUUACGUACCCUUACCUAUUUCGCUUAAAAAUUAAAAUAACGAAAAAAUUCAAAUGCCUACACACAAUAAAUAAUAGUCUUUUAGUCUCUUAGUUUGAUAAUAAGUCAACUCAUUCUAAUAUUAAAACUAAAAGUCCAAAAUUGGUUCGGUUAAACGUAAAUCAUUAUUUGAUAUGUGGCUCGUUUGUAAGACGGAGAUAGCGAAAGCAUGACGUGUAAUGUGUUGUAAAACAAAACGAAAAUUCCCGAAAAUAAUUAUAAAACUAUUUUUUUAACGUCUAUAUAAUUGAUUUUCUUUUACAAAUAUAUAGUUUUUAUCUUUAUUUUAUAGAUAUAUGUAGUGUUUUUUAACGUUUAUUCGCUAAUUCUGUACACGUGCCGUAGUCCGUAUAUUAUUCCAUUGACAUAAUAUAACAAUAAUAAUUAUGUGGUUUUAUGUCUCGCGGUAAAACUUAACCCCAUUAUCAGCGAUUGUGCGUAGCAUUGUUUAUUUUCCAUAUAUUACGGUGAUAGUAAUAUGUAUGUAUGAGUAUAACAAUAUAACGACGAUUCGUUUUACAAAUUAUUAUUCAUUACGUGUACGAUGGCAUCGCGUCGUUAGUAUUCAGGAAACAAAAAAAAAAAAAUAAACCGCUGAAAUAUCUAUACCAUGUGAUAGGAUUUUAAGAGUUGUAUUUUAUUUUUAUUCAUAUAUUAUACUUUGGAAAAACGUUAUCUACAUCCUAUUAUAUGUAUUUGUUUAUUUGACAGGGGCCUUUGAAAUUACAAACUACAAAUUCUGUAAACAUACCAAUACAAUUUUUUUUUUUCUGUAGUUGUCUUCAAAUAAGUAAUAUGCUUGUCAUGAAUGUUUCGGAUAAAACAAUUGUUAAUAUAUUAUUUGACUUUUCGUAUCUCGUAUAGAUAAUAAUAACAACAUACCGUGGCUGGAAAUAUUAUACCCACAUUGAAAUCGAAUCGUUUUAAGAAGGUGUGAUACCCGCAUGCGUUGUCUCAUUCUUACGAACGUAAGAAAUUUCGUAUUGGAAAUUUGCGUUUAGCAGGGACAAAUUGUUUGUUUUAAUAUUAGAGUGAAUUGACUUAUUAUGCAACUCAAAGGCAUAAGAACAUUAUCUAUGCCAAGUUCGCACUAUUUUUUUAAAAAAUUAAUUUAUAAAAAAGAUUUGAGUAUGCGAGAUAUCACAAUUGUGUUUAUCAAUGUCUUAUAUUUCGUUUGACAGCUAAAAUAUCAAAACAGAUUGUAUUCUUAUCUUUAAAGAUGAUGCCCAUAUAAGAUAAUUUAAGAUUAUUAGUUUUAGAUUCCGAGCGAAGCGAGGGAGUUAUUGGAUUUACAAUGAUGUUUAUUUUUUCUUUGUUCUAGUUUGUGGACACGUUUUUUCCUAGUUAACUUGUUCCGAUAAGUGUAGCACCUAUUCUGAAAGCUCAAGUUGUUUAGAUGGUACUCAAAGAGGUCAUUUUUUGAUUUUCGACGCCAUUUUUUAAAUAAAAGCACUUCAGUGAGAAAAAACGUAGGAAAAAGUAUAAUUUCCACGAUUUCAUUACUUUAUAAAAACACGGACGACAUUUUCUACCAGAAAAAAUAACUUAAUCGAAAAGUCACAAGACACCUUUUUUGUUGCCCUUUUGAUUUGCUUUCUUACGGUAUCAUUGCUAAAAAUGUUUAGUCACUCUUGGGCUUUUAAGGAAUUUUAAUUUUUGGGAGUUUUUACUGUGAUUCGGUUAUAAAUACAAGUAGAGACUUGAAACUUGGUAUUAACACUUAUAUUGGACUUACCUAGACGUGAUAAAACUUCCAAAAUCAUCGGACGACUUUUUUUCCUUUUUUUUAAGUUUUUGUAUUUAUUAUAAAACCAUCACAAGUAUUAAAAAAAGUUGAUACUGUUCAAGGUGAAAAGUUUGAUGGGAUGAUAUAUCAUAGUAUCUUACUCUCCUCAACAACACGAGAUCAUAUUUUUGUUGGAUUUUUUUUUUAAUAAGCGUGUUUUGAAAUCAAAUUUAAACUAAAAUUGCAAAAAAAAUUACGCCACUUCAAAUUAUGUAUUACCGAACUGCGCUCGGAAUCGUUUUUCCUCAAGCAAUGAUUUAUCGUUGCUAACAGAUAUGAAUAAAAUAACCUUAUGUAUCCUACCUUCCCAAUUUCUGACCUACAAUAGUGGCUGUUCCCAUCCCCAGUAUCAGCUCUUUUUCGUCUUAUGAAUGUCAAGUUUGACAUAGGUCCGUAUGAUCUAUCGUGAAUAGAUUUACAUCUGAUAAAGGUUUAAUAAAUUUGUUUUGACUGAUAAAGUGUAUAAAUUAUUAUUACACGCGAUCAGUUGUAAUUGCUAAUCAUUGUUGUCAUUGAUUAUAAAAAAAAAAUCAAACAAAUAUAAAAUUAAUUAGUCAUUAAAAAAAGAUAAAUACUCAUCUAAAUAAUAUACGGGCAAUUACGAGUAACAAUUACAUAAGCUGCAAGCAAUCUUGAACACAAUUCACUCUAAUAUUAAAAUUAACAGCACAAUGCUGUUCCUGCCGAACGCAAAUUUCCUGUGUCACACUACGUUUGUUAGACGGAGACAGUACAAUAUUUCUGGUAUCACGUUCUCUUACCAUCGAUAAAUAUUCAUAUUAUAUUAGAAAUAAAAUACUCGAUAAAAUAUUGUUACGCCUGCAGUUACGGGUUUUCGGAUGUUACGAUAUCAUUUUCAAUAGGUAUAUUUUUAUUAUUCGGUUGAAAUUUAUAAUAUACAGUAGUAAAAUGUUAUUAUACAUGUGUUAUUAUACAUAUAUUAUACAUGUGCUGUGCAAAAUCCAAUAGUAAUUGCCCAUCAUCUAGAAAGUCGCAAUAUUUUUAACCGUUAACCAGUCGCCUAUUAUAAUAAUAAUAUAUGCACUCGGAACCGGUCGUUUAUAUGAUCUUGAUACGUUAUUCGUGUUUUCUCUGUAGUCACACCGGCAAUUUCACGCAGACAUUCGACUCGUAAAGCCAUCGUAAAAUGUCAAUAAUAAUAAUAAUUGCUUGUAAACAGUAUUAUAAUUUACUUUUAAAUUUACGUGUUUAACGUGCUAAUUCUGUUUGAUUAGGGUAAGGUUAGCCUAACCUUAUGAACAUUUUCAAAAGUUAUCUAUAUUCUGUUAUGAGGCCUUGUCGCAAACACUGUCGUUUGUUUUUUCUGUCAACAUAGACAUUUUCAUGAUCGUGACUGAAUAAAGUAGGACAAAAGGAUAUAUAGUUAUAAAGAUUACAUUUAUAAUUAUUUUAAAUUAUAAUUUAUAAAGGAGAUUAUUUACCAUUUUAUGUCCUACAAAUGGUAUUAAUAGUUUCAUUUUUUAUCAUGAUAUACAUGUUUUAAUUUUACUUGAUUUUUCUCGAUUAUAAUCAUUAACAACUGAUUGAGAAAUUAAAAUAUGAUAAAAAAAUCAUAAUAAGUUCCUUUGCCUUAAACUCAAACGUCUCUAAGAGUUUCCACGAUGUAACGCCUCAAAGAGUUAUAACCGCGGAAAUGGGGAAUUUAAUAUAUAUAUAAAAAAAAAAAAGGAAAAAAGAAAAGGGGUUGGAUAUGUUUGAUAUUUCUGAGGUCGAAAAUCGGGUCUAUUGAAUUUUAAGAUGAGGAAUAAAGGUGAAGAAGAAGGAGAAGAAAUCGAUUUUAAUUAUUUUAAAAUAAUACAAUCAAGUAAAAUCUAAUAUUGUUAUAUUUAAUCGAUAGGUGAUAAGUAAAUUAAAUAUUAAAAAAAAAAACUUUAAUUUAAAAGUUUAAGUUAUUAAAUAUAAAUUAGGUAAAUAUCCGAGUAAAAAUUAUAACAAUAAAUAAUAAUUGACAAUAUUCUUAUAGAUAUUUUCAUUGAGUUGAAAAACUAUUUUAUACAUUUUCUUCUGCGUUUGUUUUCGUAAUAUAUUAUUUUUUCAUCGUUGGAUAUGCAUUUUUUUGUAAACAGUGCGUUAUCCUGUUGAUUUGCUAUUGUUUAAUAUUCACAAGUAGAGAACGAAUUUAUGCGCACUAUAAGUGGUUUAAGUCACUUUAAGCGCUUAAAAGCGUUAAAACAAGUUCUGAAAGAAGUACUUUAAAAUAUUUAAAAAGAAAAAAUGAUAGAGGGGUUUUAUGAGAAGGUACUUUUAAACCAAAGUGCAUUUUUUUAUAUAUUUUUUUUUUAACCUUCAAUUUUGUUAUUUUGUUGUAAUUCAGUUCAGAAUAUUCGUAGAUUUGAAAUUUGAAGAAAAAACUUAAAUGUGCUUUUUUUUGACGUGGUACAAUUUUAAAAAUAUGUGAGCCAUUUUUUGUGAGCUAUUUAUAGACAUUUUAAUUUUACGAGUUUUUUACCUAAUUCUUCUAUUAUUACCCAAUAUUUGGUAGGUAUUUGGUAGGUGUGGAUAAAAUUGUUAGACCGAACAGAAAUAUUUGAAUAUUUAACAGAAGGCUCAUUAAUAAUGAUAAGUUGUACAUAAUGGUCAACAAGCAAAAGUUGAGUUUAAUGUAGUAUUUAUUUUUUACAUAAGAAUUGUAAUAUUAAAUUUUGACGGCCAGUUAAAACAUGCAUAAUUGAAUACCGCUCAGAAUCGUUUUUCGUUAGCAAUAAUUCAUCUUUACAUACAGAUAUAUAUUAAAUUCCCUUCUAUAUCCUACCUUCACAAUUUUCAACUACAACAGUGUCCCACCCAUUGUGUGAAAUGUACAUCUUUUAGAUUCUGAGUGGAUCGAAGAAUCUAAUGGGUUUACAAAAAUGUUUAAUUUUUUUUUUUAUCUAUGGACAACAUCAGAAAUCUUGCUCCGAUUUACAAUGAUAGAACUUCUUUUAAAAGGAAAUCUGACUGAAAAGGUACUUUAGGAAGGUCAUUUUUUGAUUCUACAAGAAGUUUUCUCAACAAAUGGGAAAAAUCGGGGAAAACUUAAGUAAAACGGGAAAAUCAGUACAAUAUUAAACAAAUGUUAUUGAAGAAAAUGUAUAAUGCCUAUUUAAUUAUUUUACCAUAAUAUGACAUUUAUAUUUUUGACAAAGCAAUACUAUCAACUAAACUCCGAUUGGAAUCGUUUUCUCGUUAACAAUGGUUUAUUGUUGCUUGCAUAUAUACAUUAAAUUUCCUUUUUUUGUAUUCUACCUUCUUUACUUCCCACCUAUAACAGUGGCUGCACAUGCGAAGUAUAUCCGUCUUUUUUAAGACGUUUUUAUGGAUUUUAAGGGCAUAUUAAUCCCUUUUCUAUUUAAAAUUGUAUUAUAAUUUGUAGAAUCGAAGUCUAAUUAAACAUUUUGGCGAUAAUAUUAUAUAAUUAUAAAUGUGUACAAAUCAAUAAUAUAAUAUUAUUGUGCUCUAUUAUCUAUAACCCUGAAUUCGAUUCUAAACAUAUAACUACAAUGCACUAAGCGUUACAAUGUAAAAUACAAUGUUUGUUGCUGGCAAAAUAUUAUUUUAUGUGAAACGCAUUAUAUUAAAUCCCUGGGAUGAAUUUACUGAAAGUAAACACGCAUUACUGAAAAUAAACAUGCAAAUGCUAUUCCGAUCGCUAUAGUGAUAACCGAGUAUGCCUACAGCAAUGUACGUUUAAAUAAUUUAUUCGGUUUUUUUUUUUUUUGCAAUAAUCGUUUUACAGUUAUUAUAUUUUUAAAACGCCAUUAUGUUAACGUUAUAAAAGUGGGUUUUGUUUUGUAAAGAUAUUUAUAAAGUAUAAUAUAAACCUAAAAAUUAACCAAAGUACUACCGUAUACUUAUCACACCUACGCGUUUAUUAAAAUGUUUUUCUUUGAGAUAUACUGCCGUAUGCCGCAUUUAUCGUAAUAUACGAGUACAAAUGAAUUGGGUUCGUUCGAUUUUUAUCAAUUCUCGGUAAUAUUGUGACGGGGAAUUUUUUUAUAGAUUUUAUCAAUACGCAUAAUCGGUAUUAAAAAAAAAAAACACCGAGAUGAGUGUUUGAUUGUUUUUUUUUUUUUGUACCUUUAUAAAGAAAAUUCAAGGACUCAUUCUAUGAUAUCCGUUAAGCCUGUAUAUGGGAACCAACCCGCGCACGAUGGUUGCCGUAGCCUUGUAAUCAAUUAUUUAUCGUGAAAUUACAUUUUUGGAGACAUAUUAGAAUAAUGUUAAUUUCCGUACAGUAAUUUGUGAGAUAUUGUAUUACGUUCAGAUGCCGGGGUCUCAUAUUCAAUUAUUUGAGGUUAUCAAUUUAAACCAAUAAACAUCGUGUACAUUAUAAUAUUUAAUUAUUAUUACUCUUCUAAUACUCAAAUAAUAAUAACGAGAGAUAAAAAGACAGACACAUUUCACACGUAGGUGGGCCACUGUUGUAGGUGAGAAAUUAAGAAGGUAGUAGAGGGGUAAUUUAAUGUAUAUCUGUACGCAAUUACGAUUAACCAUUGCUAACGAAAUAACGAUUUUGAGCGGAGUUCGGUUGAUAAUGUUGCUUUAUCAACAAUAUACAAUACAUAUCAUAUGGUAAAAUAAUUGCAUUAUAUGAUUUUCUUUAACAAUAUUUGUUUAAUAUUAUACCUAUUUUCCCGUUUUUCCUACAUUUUUUUAGGGCUUUUCUUUUUUUUUCCAGAUUUUUUCUAUUUAUUAGGAAAACUCCCCAGUCCAAUUUCCUUUCAGAAAACGUGCUUGCUCAUAGAUUAAAAAAAAAAAAAAAACAAUAAAUAAAUAAAUAAAUAAAUAAACAUUGACAAAAACCAUAAAUCAAUACAUUCAUAGGAAUAGGAUAGAGAUCCGCUUAGAAUCCAAAAAGUGGACAUCACUAUACAGAAAAGUUUAAAAUACUGUAUAAUAUAACCUAUUACCUUUAUACAUUAUACGUGUAUAUUUAUAAUAAUAUACCGUAUUUAUAAUAUAUAAUAUAUAUAUAUAUAUCGAUAUUUAUUGUUCAAUGUCAUUAUAAAUUUUAUAGAAAUGUAAACUCAUCGUUUUCCAAAAAAAUCACAUUGAACAUACAAUGAGUGUGCAUAUAUACAUAUAUAUGUAUAUAGGAUAUAUAUGUAUCUCAACGUAUUAUUUUUUCAAAAAUGUUUUUACAAGGUUUUUUUUAUUUUUAUGUGGUAUUGAUUAAACAAUAAAAAAUAAUAUUUAUCUUAAUAAAUCUUAAUUUUUGUAAAAUGUUAAAUUAAGUUUAAUCAAUUUAUAAGUAUCCAAAUCAAAAUAAUUUUUACGUAUACAUCAUAGACAUAAAAAGCCCAAAUAUUAUAUUUUUGGGGUUGGGAAGAAAGCUUAAGUCCCUUUAAUAUUCAUUAAUAUUCAUUAAGUAUGUUUAAUAAGGACUUGAUAUGAGAGGUUUGGAUGAGUUUUGAGAGUGGGCGAAGUACUUCCAGCUAUCCUAUUCGCGCCUAUGGUCAUGGUUAAUUAGAUAUUGUUUUUCAAAAUUUUUUUUGAAAUGCAAUUAGAAGAAUGAAAAAUUACUAGUUAAUGAACUAAAUGAAUGACUAUAAGAUGUCAUUGUAGUGCACCCAUUAAAAAUAUAUAUGUUUACUAAAGUAGCGGAUGUUUUAGACACUUGAAUAUAAUUUUUCUGCAGUAUUUAAAUAUAAAUAUAUAUACAUUUAUUCUAAUUAUUAUUAUUUGAGUAAAUUUUUGUAUUAAAAAAAAAAAAAAUGUAUAUUAGCGUAUUUAAAGAAUAAUGACAGAUAACGAUUACGUAAUAUAAUAUAUAUAUUUUUUUAAAUAUUUAUUAUUAUUUAUAGAACAAAUAAAUAUAAAAUAAAAAAACUGAUUCAUUGGAGUUAUUAAAAAUUAUAGGCCAUUUUUAGCGUUUUGUAUAGAAUAAAAAAUAUUCUAUACGUGUUAAUCUGAUCUAGAAUAAACAUUAAUUAUUGACUACCGAUUCAAAUAUAAUAUAUAUGAACACAUUUGUAUAGUUCUAUUUAUAGUUAUAUACAUAUAUUUCGCUAUAUACACUUGGAGAUACCUUUUUUUUUAGAAUGACAUUUGAAAUUCGUUGUAAUGUAGAUUAUGAUAUUAUAAUAGAUACUAAUCAUAUUUCAGUAAGGUGUAAUGAUGAGAAGGUAUAAUAUAUUAUUAUGUUUGUGAUUCAUACGAUUUUUUUUUAAUUCACUCGAAAGUAUAUUUUUUUCGCUUUGAACUCAAUUCAAAUAUAAUAAUUUAUAAAUAUAUUCACCUUAAAAAAAUUAUGUAAUAAUGACGAUUAUAAGUUAUUUUUAAAUUUAUUAUUAUUUAAAUUUGUUUUAUUACGUCAAUGAAAAGCGUUUUAUGCUGCAUAAGAGGCAUCUACAGGCGUCUUUAUAAAUUAUAAUAUUUUAAUUUUGUCUUUUGUUUGUAGAUAAAUAUUUAUACUUAUUAUAAUAUUGACAACUAUCAUUUUUUGCUUAAUUUUUUAUAUAUGUUUUAUAGAUAGGUAAUAUAUAGGUUAAACAAUCUACACAAAAAAGAAAAAAAGUUAAUUACCUAUAGAUUGUAUGCGAUAAACCCUUGUUUAAUGUUUAAUAAUGUUAUUGACCUCUAUAUUAUUUUUUCUCCUUAUGAUGUCUAUUAACACACACAUACACCGAAAAAAGUUACAAUCUCAGUGUUUUAAGACGCACAUGCAGGUACAUAAUUUUUUGUAACUAAAAAAAAUAAUCCGUUAUCAAACAAUAGCGGUGGGUAUACGGUUACAUUGUGUCGUCAAACGGGUUCGACUUCGACAAAAAAUAAAUAAGUCUGGCGAGAUUCACAACAAUAUAUAAUAAUAUAAUAUAAUCUAGUCUCUAUAUUUUUCAUGUGUGUGUGUGUGUGUGUGUAUUGACCGCAAGACAACAAUCGUUUUAGAUCUAUUAUAUUCACAGUAUAUAAUAAUCAAGUACCGUUGGGAAAAAAAAACGGAAAAUUGCUAAUGAGCUAUAUCAUAUAAUGAUAUAGUAUCGCCUUUUUUUUUUUUGUUGGUUGGAAAUUAUGUUUGUUAUAGGUCCGGUGUGUAGUACGUAAUUUUUAGCUUAUACAGGAGCAUCUAUUUAAAUAUAAUAUAUUAUAUGUAUAUUCAAUUUUUGAAUUGUAGGUUUGUAAACUUUUAGAUAUUUUAUUUUUUUUAUUACUUCUUUAUCACGGCAAACUAUUAGUUGUACUGUCAGUGUUGUAUUAACAGGAGGAUGAAGGUGGUUCCAAUUCUAUCUCAAAAGCACACAACUUCUAUAAUGUUAGUGAGUUUUGUAUUAAUGCGCUUCCCCCGCCAAAAAAAAAAAAAACAAGUUGUAAAUACGUCACCGUGUAAGGCAAUUGGUACCACUAAUUUGUAUUAUUAUUUUUUUAAUCAAAUGAUACAUAGGUAGUCGUUAAUUUUAUGAUUAUCAUAGAAUACUUUACAUAUUGAAAAUUAUAUAUUUAAACAUUAAAGACAAAAUAUUAAUAAGCGCAAUUUUUCUAUUGCCUAUACUCACCACUUUAGUUGAUUUUACUAAUUUGUUGAUUUGGAGGUACUUAUAUCAAAAACAUAAAAUUCCUCUGUAAUAUUACUGAAUUUCUUCAUAUUAUCUAUAAUCGAACGAAAUCUAUGAAAUUGAUUUUUCUAACAGUUCAUUUUUGCGUUUUUAAUAUUUGAAAAAUAUUAUAUAAUAAUUUGUUGUACCUAUACAAUUAGUGAUCUGCGCUUUAACGGAAGCUUAAAGAAUUCAAAUUUGUCAACAUUUUUUUUCGUCCAAUAAUGAAAUUAUUUUUGUAUUUGAUUUUAGAUUUUAUAACAUAUCAUCGACAUAUCAUAUUAUAAUGGGUGAGCGACGUGGAACUAAAGCCCUGGAACUGUGGUGUAAACGAGUGACCCAAGGAUACGAUGGAGUGUCUAUCGAAAAUAUGUCUACUUCGUGGAAAGAUGGACUCGCCUUUUGUGCUCUUAUUCAUCAUUUCAGACCGGAUUUGAUGUAAGUGUUUUGACAUUUCAAUAAUAACUACCUCAUUUAACAAUAUAUGAAACAAAUCAUUUUUAUAUGACAAGAAAAAUAUAUUGAUUUACCUUAAAAACCUAAGCAUAAACAAUAAAAAAAAUGUAUAGUAAUAAUAUAUAGGCAAAUGUAAAUCUACAUUCGAUGAUACCAUGUACGCGUUGUCAAGAAUAAAAACCGAGUGCAAACAAAAUAUACUUAAUGUAUAAUGUAUAAUUAUUAUAUACCAUACUUGUACUUUCAAGGAAGUACCUUUUGUGUACUCUGUAUUCUCUAGCUGUAUAUUGGUUUCUACAGGUUUAUGUAUCACAUUCAGUGUUAAAUACUGUAGAUUAUAUCGGCGGGACAAUACUGAAAUAUGAAUAAUAUAAAAAAUGUUAACCAUGAGAUCUCUGCACUUGUUAUAUUUUAUAACGUUAUAUUCGAGUAAUUUGUAUUACAAUGCAGAAAUUACAAAGGUCGUCGUCACAAUUUCUUUAGUGCGCAUUUAUAAGUUAUUUUCAAACAAUUUUAUGAAAAUAUUUUAAACAUUACAGGAUCAUUUUCUAAAAACACUUUGAAAUAAUUGGAUUAGUUUUGAGUAGUGCGCGUAUAUUUGUGUUAACGUAAACAUGUAUGUUUUUCACAUGGAGAGAAGAGCUGAGUGAAUAUUAUUUUUUUGAUCAAUAUCUUUUAUUGCCUUUUACGAAUUACUCAUUUAAAAUCGCUAAAAAAUACAUUUGAUAUAAAACUUUCUUCUUGUGUGUAAUUUUACUUCUCCAUAAAAGUCACUGGGUAUAUAUAAACUAAUGUAGAUUUACUUUUAUAUUUAUUCUUAAAAUAUACACAUUGGUAAUAAAUGUCGAUUUCUACUCUGCUUUUAAAUAAAGUGAAAAAAACAAGUUGCAAUCAUCUUUCAUUAUCUAUAUGCAUUUUAUCUCUUGAUUAAAUUUAACAGCUCCCUUGGUAGACAUGGCAAAUUAAACUGACAUAAUACUUAAUUAGGUGCAUUAGACAACAAUUUAUUUAUUAAUUAUAAUAGAUACGUUUAUACCAUAUACCUAUUAAUUAGGGAAUGUAUCUUGAGUAAUAAUAAAUCAGAGAACAUCUGAUAAGCAAAGAGUGGACAACGGGAAGAAAAGAACACAUUUUUCUUGUUUUUUUUUUUUUCAUAAAUAACUUUAGUUAGUCAUAAAUAAUACUAUUGCUAAUUAAUAAUAUGAAUUAACAUGUUAAUCAAACGGGUGGCUAAUAAAAUAUGGUUCUGACAAAAUACGUUUCCGGUAAAAUACGCCCGCAACAAAUUACGUUUCCGAUAAAUAUCGUUUCCAAUGAAAUACGGUUUUGAUAAAAUAAAUUCCCCCCCCUGUCACGGUUGUGAAGCGGAUGGUACUAGGUUUUUUACUGUUAGGAUUUUUUACCUGGGUUAACCAAGCUGGAGCCACUGAUUUACAGGGAGUGCCAGUGUGGUAAAAAAGAUAAUCGCUUUACCUUUCGCAUAUCAGUUGAUUAUUAUAAUUACAUAUUAACCAAAAAAAGUUAUAGUUUAUAUUAGAUUAUGAAAUAUUUGAUAAGAAAUCUAAAAUACAAUCAUUAUUAUACCCUAUUACCCACAUCGAUGUUGGUGUGCCGUGCUGCUCUAAAAGUUUCAUGAUAUCAUUUGUGUAUCUAGUUGUUAUUUUUUUAGUUGGAAUGUUCUCAUAAUUUUGGAAAUAAUCAAGAUAACAAUAUUCUGCAUAAUUCAACAAUGAUUUCUAUAUUAUAUUACAUAUCUAUUUCUUCGUAUUUCUAUGUAUUUUAAAAUAUAAUGUGAUACAAAAUAAAAAUAAUAUGAACUGACACAGGGUUAGUUAGCCGUAGUCUGACGAGAUUUUAGGUUGGACCGGGGUUCACCCUGGUACCGCCACUGGUAUGUACCAAAAAAAUCUAAAAUCAGAGCCGGCGCUAAGUAUUUUGCCGCCUUGCGCAAUUAAGAAAAAUGCCGUUCUUUAUAAUAAACUGUUGUAAACAUAAUUAGUACAUAGUUAUGUUUACAAAAUGAACAAAAUUAAUUAAAAACUGAGUUAUAUUGUAGGAGAUCAAACAGUGCAAUUUUGUCUUCCGAAAAUUUAAUUAAUUAUAAGUAGGUUGAAUUAAGGCACAAUACCUUUAUUUAAUAAUAAUAAUAAAAAAAAAAGAGACGUCCUAGUAUAAUGGGGUCAGGUGCGGGAGCGGCCACUGUUAUAAAUAAUUUAAUAUACAUUUGUAAACAACGUUAAACCAGUGCUAACGAAAAAACCAUUUUAAGCGGAGUUCAGUUGAUAGUGCUGCUUUGUCAACAAUAAAUAUGUCAUGGUAAAAUUUCAAUUAUUUCAAUUCCAAAACUAAAAUGGAUCCUGAUUUUCCCGGUUUUUCCAUGUUUUUCCUGGUUUUUCAUAUUUACUGGGAAAACUGUUGAGAAAAUCAGAAAAUGGCUUCUUUAAAGUACUUCCCUGUAAUGAAAAGAAAUUUCCUUUCAAAAAAUUUGCCAUCAUUAUAAUUUUGAGCAAAAUUUCUGGUAGAAAAGUUGUUCACAAAAAAACAAAUAUCUUUGUAAGACCAUAAGCUUCUUCGCUCCACUCAGAAUCUAAAAUAGAAAUAAUCAAUUUAUUUAUUUACAUUAUUAGUUAUACUUAAACUUCAAAUUAAUAACUUUUUUAAAUUCUAGUUAUCUGGUCAAAUAAAAAUAACAGUACCGAAAUAAUGGCUUUUUCUCAAAAGUUUGUUAAGUUUAUUAAGUCUUGUAGGCUCUACUCCCAUUUCCGUUGCAAGUGCUGUUGAAUCUAUAAUAAUUUCCUCAAAAGAUUUUUCUAAUCUUAGUUCCUUUAAAUGUUUCAAUAAAGUUUCUAAAAUGCUCAAAUUUAAAGAUGUAUCAAAAUUUGGUUUUUGCAUUAAUUUACUGAUUGGAUUUAUAUGAUAAGUGACAACCAAAUAACAACAGAACAAAUAAAUUUUAACGUUUUUAUUAAAUUACAUAAACAUAGCUUCAUGUUUAACCAUUGGAUCUAAAUUUAUGUUUUCUGAUAUUUCAAAUAAAGCAUCAUACAUUUCUCUUAUAUAAUAUCGAAACGGUUUAAGUGCCUCUGAUUUGAUUCGACUCAUAUUUGCUAACUAGAAACCGUAAAGAUAAACGCCCGGAGUCAAAAUACUAACGGCUAGCCCAUAUUAUAUUGUUUAUUAAUAGGUACUUAUUUAGUACUACAUAAUAUAACACAGUAAUAAUAUAAUAUGCAUUAUUGUUAUUUAUAAACAAUGCCGCCCCUAAAAUUCCAAAAAAAUUAGCCACCCUGUGCGAUCGCACGAGUCGCACGUGCCUUCCACCGGCCCUGUCUAAAAUUAUGGACACCAUAAAAUUGCGUUUCAAUUUCAAUUAAAUCAUUAUUGAAAAAUAACAGAAACAGAUUACAAGCUCGUAAGAUAGCAUGGUAACACUAGCAUAAAAACCACAAAACAAUGAGUAGUAACUAUUAAAGAAUACAUUACCUAAUCGUGAUAUUCACAAAAAUUGUUCCAAAUAUUAAAAUAUAUAGUAGGUACAACAAUAAAUUGUGUAGUUUGUAACGAGUAUUAUCUAAUGGCAGUAAAAAAAAAUUUUAUAUUAAACUGCAAUCUAGCAGUAAAAUAAGUUGUCAACUAGGUUUUAUAGCGUUGAAAUUUGCUUCACUCAAUAUAUAGACCAGUAUACGCGUAAUGCGUCCUCUAUAAUUUUAUUACUAAAUAACGGUAUUAUUUAUGAUAAAUUAAUGGGUUUCUUCGAUAAAAAACGAGUCAAAUUAAUUUUUUUCUCUGUAUCUGACCUGGCCUAACGAACAGAUCAUCAAACGUUUCUGAUUUGUUCGUUAGACCGGGGUCUCAUAGAAGGCACAGUCCGGUAGUAAAUGAUGGUUUACAUACAAUUAAAAUAGUUAUAAGUGUUCAAUUGUUUGAAUAUGCUAAUGACGUGUAUCUAUAGCAAUAAUACAAUCACGUGGUUUCCUGUCCGCCAAUUAUAUGGACGGUCUUGUCAAAUAUUUUGUUUGUAAUGUCCUUAAUAGUCAGUACAAACAUCACCAAAAACCGGAAAUUUGCUUUAUUACGGAUGCUUUUUUUUGUGUUUCUAGCGUAAUAAACAUAUUAUAUAAUAAAGUUUAUAGGUACCUAUUUGUUUAGGUUUCACCGAUAAUGGAAAAAUAUAGUUGGUUUCCUCAGUAUAUAUCCUUAUAAUAUAGCGGUUAUUUUUACAAUAAAUUUGUAUAGAAAUAUGGAACAAAAUAUAGUUGGUUAGAUUUAUUAUAAAACAUAAACGUAUGUCCCAUAUAUACCGAUCGAAUAGUACCUAUAUACGUUUUUAUCAAUAUUUGUACGUCAUUUCUCUCAGGUACCAAUCUAACCAACGUUAGAGCAUUAUUUAUUAUUUGUUUAAUUUUGUUUUUUUUUUUUUUUUUUUUAUGAGGUGUGCGAUACCGCUUGGGAGACAUUAAAAGUUUACUACUAUAUAUUAUAAUAAAUAAUAAUAUAAUAUAUGAGUUAAAAUGUGUUUGAAAAUAAAAGAGUAUCAAAACACUUGGGAUAUUAUAAAAUAUAGUAUAGUAUACUAUAGCUGUCAUUUUUCUGGCGUUUCAUAAAAUAUAUUAUAUUCUCUCGAACAUUAAUAGGUAUUUACGUUUUUAUAAUCUAAUAUAGUAAUAUAUCAAUUGCAAAAGUAAUUUGUUGAGAAUUUCGAAAGAUUAUCGCAUUUAAUUCUGUAUAGAUUUAUUUUUAUAAAUAAAGAUUAAUAACCUUUUUCCUGAUACAGCUGCCAAUAUUUUUACCAUCUUUGUAAGUUACGACCAAGUCAAGGUCACUUGACUUCAGUAUCACGUAUAUUAUAUAUAGCCUAGGUACCUACACUACCAUAUAUGUUUCAAAUCUACAAUUCGCUUCGGUUAUUGUAGCAUAAUAUUUUUCGUGCAGCCCAUGAAAUGAGUAUUUUUCUCAUCUCCUAUUAAAUAAUAAUAACUAAAAAAGAUAAUAAUAAUAAAUAAUAAUAAAUAAUAAUAAUAAUAAAACACGCGUGUAACGUAACAAAAACAUCGGGGAGGUUUGAAAUAAAAUAGAUGACAAAAUUGCCCGAGGAAAAAGCAAUUUUUCAAUACAUUGAAAAACGAAGCGCACACGUCAUGGAAGAUCAUGACCGUGAAAAAAAAUAUAUAGAUACUAUUCUAUUUAACAUUUAAACUUUUCGUUGUUCGUAAAAAAAAAAAAAAAUCACGUUUUAUAAUAUAUUAUAUUAAUAUUUAAUCAUGUAAUAUUUUCAGCGAUUAUGAUAUUCUGGACAAGAAUGAUAUUUACGCGAACAACGAGUUAGCUUUUCGAGUGGCCGAAAAUCAUCUAGGCAUUCCUGCGCUUUUGGAUCCCGAAGACAUGGUUUGUGUCGAUAUACCAGAUAGAUUAUCGAUAUUGACUUAUCUAUCGCAAUUUUACCAAACUUUCUCAUCACAAGGUAUGUUGAAAAUGUAUCACUAAGUUGUUUCAUAAUAUAAGUAUUAUUGAAUAAGUGUAUGGAGAUUGUUUUUUUAAUUUUUAUAAUAUUAUGUACCUCAUUAUUGAUGAAAUAUAUUUUAUUAAUAUUAAUGAUUAGGUAUGUUUGUGAGUCAAAUUAAUAAUUUCUAAUGUUUUGCGAAGACGUUAAUUUUUGUUUAGAUCAGAAAACAUCGUUUUACACGUUUAAAAUCCCCGGAUUAAUUACUAACUACUAGUGAACAUAAUUUGAAUAUCCCAUCCUAAUGUCGAUUCUGAACGCAAUAAAGAAGUUGUUAUACUGUUUUACAAUGAUUUUUUUCUCUUGUUGUAAACCUGUUUUAUUACAAGGAUAGUAAAAUUACUCAUAAACUGUGGUACAUAGACUUUAAAAUACUUACGAAUAAUAAACCCGUAUGGUAUUUUAUAGAUGCAGUUUUCGUAAUAGUUUUCCAAAGUGUAUAUAUAAUAUAUACUAGUAUAUGAUCAACAAAUUACGGGUACGGGGUUCGUUACGAUCAACGCUAAUUUAUUAUUAUAACUCGAGCAUUAAUUAUUAUUCUGGAGCGUUACAAUUAUAACAUCGAACUUUAAUAUUUAUUAAAGACGUGGUCAAUAAUUUGAACAAUUUCGACGUUUUUCAGUUUUAUUUAGACAUUUUUCAAUUGAAAAUGGUUCAUCGUUUUUUUUUUUUUAAUAUUUAAAAUAAUUAUUGUGUAAAUACUGGUUUCUCGAAAAUUUUGUUUUAAAAUCUCAAGUCACAGUGUCCUAGGACUUAUUAAGUGCAAAAUAUUUCAGUUGUUUUUAAAUAUUUGAUAUUGUAUUAUACUAUUCAUUUGAAAUUUUUAUAUUUUUUUAACAUUUACUAUACCUUAUAUACGAGUAGCUAGCUACUAAUAUAUACCCACACAAUUUGUAAUUAUUGGCUAUACAAUAUGUGUUUACAUAAACUUCUUUUAAAAUGUUAAGUAAUAUUUAUUUUUUUUUUUGUUAAACACGCGCCAGUAAUAUUAUUUUCCCGUGGAAAAAAAUCAUGUUCGUGACUUCUUCCGUGACUUUCUUAAGUAUACUCCUCUGCGCCAAGAUAGUAAUUUGAAGUCAGUGCAUGCGUGCACGUACUAUGUUCGGUUUGCCGGAAAUGGUGGCAGGAAACCUGUUUCUAUCGAGUGCGUGUGAUCGACUUGGUCGAAUAGAAGAGUCUAAAGAAGACCACCAAAGAGAUAUUAUAUACGCAAUUCAUUACUAUCUGAUUGAAAAAGUCCCUUAAUUUUCCAAAGACUGUGAAAAUAAUUAGGUAACAUAUUAUCUAUUUAAUGAUAAAAAAUACAAAACUAUCAUUGUUAGUAAUAUUAUUUUCGUUAAAAAAUGUAUUUUAAAAUUCGAUACUAAAGUUGAUUAGAUAUCUUAAUCGUGGAAAUGGAACAGUUCCUUAUAAGGCUGCUUCCCUAUUCGUUAUUCUUGAGCGGAUACGGUUAUAAUGCAAUAAAAAUAGCAUUAUAAUGUAUUCAAUCACAAUAUUUGUAUGUUGUACAAAUUAUUAUUGAAUAAAAUUUAUAAUAAAUAUUAAAUUCGCAACGAGACGAUAAAAUCCAUACAAAUAUAUUGUGUUGUAAUUGAUCGUGAUCUUCACUAUCACACUAGGUCAAUAGCCUCAACCUUUGUGAAAACCGCUGAACCCAGUUUUGAAUAGACAGAGUCGGAACCGUUUCUACAAUUGGGGCAGUGCGUAUGUGUAUAAUACGGCGCUUAUUAACUUUGCAGACUGCAUUGGCGGUGCUGUUUGGCAAUUCAACAUAAUAAUACAAGAGAAAGACACCGAAUGUGAUAGAGAUAUAAUAUGAAAACCGGUUCUCGCAACACAGUUUGUAAUUUAUUAAGGUCACAUGUCCGUGUUGAUCCCAAUGGGAAACUUUCACUGAUGGUGAUUAUUAGAUUUAGCCCCUUCAUAUAUUAUUAUCAUACUAUAUUGCAAUGACUUUGGCAAAACCGUAUAUUUGUAUUCUUUUGAAAACGAAUACAUAGAGGUAGGUAGAUGCACGUAAGAGAAAAUAAGUCAAAAUAAUGAAAAACAUGGUACAAGUAUCAUGAUUCAUUUUCUAUAAACAUUGUUCAGUGAUAAAAUCCUCCGUUAUAAUACAUAAUACACCUACUGCUAAAUCAUCGUUUACCGCAGAUAACAUUACGGUCCUCGCGUACAGCGAUGAUCACCAGCGUGUGUCCUUCCGAAGGGAAACUGGUUUUCGGUACACCAAAAUUUGAAUUUUUGGCUACAUUCCAAUAAUAUUCGCCGUACUACUCGCGUACUGCAGGUCGGUAUGAUAAAAUAAGAAAACCAUUCUCUUCAUUUUCGGUCCGGUAGGUUCCUUAAACAUUUGACCCGUGCGCGAGGUUAAACUUUUCUGCAGCGCGUUCGACCUGUUAAUCACUAAUACUAUGCAAAUUUUAUAAUUGCUAUUCGCGUACAACAAUCGUAGAGUUCAAAAGAAUUAAGCGGUUUAUUACACCACAUUAGUAACAAUAGUGUAGUAUCACUGUUUUUUCAUUAAUAUAAUAUUAUUAUUAUCAAAACUACUGAUUGUUGUUAAUGGGUAGAGAUAAUAUACAAACAAACAAUUUCGAAUUAAAUUACCCUUUUGAACAUUAUUUCUUGUGGUACGGUAUCCUUAUAGGUAUUGUAGUACAUUUGUAAUUUUUUAUAAUGUUUUACACAAUGAAAUUUUUUUAUUAUUAUCUCAAUUACAUAAAAACAAAAACCAAAAAUUACGUAGUGUUGUUUGUUAGUAACUAGCAAAUUGAUUAAGUAUUGUGAACUGCUGUUUGUAGAUAUUGAUUUCACAUAUGUUUAAAGAGUACAGACGAAUACUAAUUUAGCAACGAUGGUGUCAAUUUUUAUAUUACUCAUAUUAUGCUGGGUUGCAUGAAACUAUACAGAACCGAUAACUGGCUAUCGGUUCCGUAAAAUACAAAAAAUUAAAAACUAUUCUGUAAAUUUAAUAAUUCUCAUCAAAAACAUCAUUAUUGAAUCAUAAUUUUGCUAUCACGAAAAACCGUUAUAUUUUCUAGUUAUUGUGACGUUAUUUUGUACCUACUGUCAUUGAGAGACUGCUUUGUGUUAAAUAUCGUAAUAUUUUUCUUCAAUACGUUAUAAAAAUGUCAGUAUCAUUAGUCUUAUCUUCAUAAUCUUCAUGAUAAUAUGAUAUUUGAAAUUAUUAUGAAUCUACCAAGGCCGAGGUAAUUUAAGGAUCAAUCAAAUACCCUCGAAAAUUAUAAUGAUUUAAAUUUCAAAUACUUUUGUGCGAUAAAACCAAGUUAAUCAAUAGGCACUUUUCAGUCUCGUUGAAAUUGUUUCCCUUUUGGUACACUUUUGGUAAACUUUAAUUAAAUGUCUAACUAUAGGAAGUAACAAUACUAACAACUCUUAUGUUGUUUAUAGAAAAAAUGAAAUUGAACUAUCACAUUAUAAUUUGAUAUGGAUAAAAUAUAUACACUGAUAACCGAGCAAUUUUUUAUAACUAUAAAUAACAAAUAAAUAUAGGUAAGACAUGCUUAUUUAAAUAAUAAAAAACUUAUAUACAACGUAGUCUAUCUGAACAAUUGAUUAUAACUUAUAACCAUAAAUAACAAUUUUUAUGAAAUCUGGCAAUAAUGUUAUUAGUUUUUUUUAGUAAUUUUCGAUGUAGUGUAUACAAAUAUUAAUAUUUAAUAGUUUGAUACCUGCAUUUAUUGCUUCUAUCCGCCUAACGAGCAAUAUAAUAUGGCAAAAAUGUGUUUUUGUAUUUCCCAUAAUAUACUCAGGUUUUGUUGUUCGUGUAAAAUUCAUUUUAGUGCCAAAAUAAACAAGACUAUAGUCGGUUUAAAUGUUUACAGUACAAUUUUAGAUUCUGAUCAAAGCUAGGAAUGAAUUAAUUUUACUGUGUUAUUAUUUUUUUUGUGUGUGUGUAUGUGUGUGUGUGUAACCAUUUUUUUUUUACUAGAAAUCUGUCUCCAAUCAAAAACUUUAUAGGAACUUUGUAUACAAUUUUUUAUCUAGUUUGUGUAUUAGAGAUGUCAUUUUUUAAUUUUUUUAAAUGGAGAAAACUGUCAAUUAGCUUAAUUGGCACAACCAUCAACAGCGUAUCAGCAUUUUUUUUUUUUUUAUAUAAUUUCAACGCUAGGUUUACACGUACAUAUUCAUCAUUUAUAUCAAUACAAUAAUUAUUAAUUGAUAUUUAAAUCUAUAACUGCAUCUGUUGACAUGGUUUGUAUGAUAUUAAAGACAUUAAUUCUGGUAGUUCUGGUUGUCUUUAUAGCGAAACAAAUAAUCACGAUAUCAAAAAUGUAAUUAUUUAAUUAUUAAUAAUUAUUAUACGUCUAUCAUACAGUCUAUAUUUUAGAAGUACUAAAAAUAAUGAACUAUAGUGUAUUUUUGACAUCCCUUAUAAUAUCUUGGUAGAUGUAUGUUUACAAAUUUUAGAUUUUGAGCGGAGUGAUAAAUGUAUUGGUUUUACAACGCUGUUUAUUUUUUUUUAUCCGUGAAUAAUUUUUCUACCCGAAAUUUUGCUCCAAUUUUCAAGUGUGUAGCACUUUUUUCGAAAGGAAAUUAGAUUAGGUGGUACUUUAAGGAGGUUUUUUUUUAUUUUCUUUGGGGUUUUCAUAUAAAUGGGAAAAACCUGGAAAAAACGGGAAAAUUUACGAAAUGUAUUAUUUUCAAAUCGUAAAUAUUACGGCUUUUCAAAACAUGUUUAACCGAACUUCACUCAGAAUUGUUUUUCGUUAACAAUGGUUAAUCGUUGCAUAGAUAAACAUUAAAUUUCCUCUCUACCUUCCAAACUUCUCAUCUACAAUAGUGGUCCACGGCCCACCCAUCAGGCGAAGUAUGUCCGUUUGUUUUUAUAUUCAGCCCUUAUAUUAUUAUUCUCCGCUCUAUAACGAUUAUCUAAAAUGCAAUCGACAUGUUAUGCCACUAUUGUAGUUCGCAAUAGUUUUGUUCGUGAAACUCCCCCCCCCACUACCAUAUUACUGUUUUUCAAAAUACAAAUUUUUCCACAUCGUCAAAGUUGACUUUCUCUGUUUGUAUACGUAUUUGUACGACCUUAUAACGACACGUAUAAUAUCACUAUAAAAAAAACCGUUUAUACUGGACAGCAGCCAUUCAGUUUAUAUAUACCUAUAGGCAACAUAAUAUAUAUAUAUAUAUCUACGAUGUAUACUUGUAUUUUAAAUUUCAAAAUUUAACACAAAACAAAGAAAAGAAUAUUUGUAUAGUAAAUGAGUAAGGCGAGGUUUACUUCGUGACGACUUACUACUAUUAUUCGUGAAAAUUAAUUAUAAUUUGUAUAAAACAAAAGAAAUAGAACAAUAUAAUAUUUAAAUAAGAAAUGCUCAUUUUUUUUUUUAACCGUUAUUAAAAUGAUAUGCGCGUAAAACGAAAACCCUGUACGACAAAAAAUGAUAAAUUAAAGUUCUCUCUUAUUUCUAUGUAUGCUUUUUAGAAAAAAUAUAUUAUUGUAUAAUAAACAGUAGAUAAAUUGAAAUAUUUCCUUUUCUUUUUAUAAGUUACAAAACGACCGUUCUAUUAUAAUAUAUGCACUCGUAACAUAUAUUCUUUUAUGAUUACAUAAACAAUUUAGCAUAGUUUUAUGGAUAUUUUUACCUUUAUAUUAGGCAUUUCUAAUGACAAUUAAUAUAGUAUGUAUACUAUAAAAAUAUCGACAUUUUUACAUGAUAUUUCGUUUUAGUUUUUACGCUACCGUAUUUGUACAGGUAGUUCAAGAUAAAUUUCAAUAUCACACUGUAUAGUCUGUGUACUCCUGUUUUUUUUAUCUUUAUGGGUUUAACUCAACUAUUUAUUGUAAAAAAAAAAUAAAGUAAAAAAACACCGCGACCUAAUAAAGAAGCAUAUCUGUUGGUUCUCAGUCACGGUUAUUAUUGUUGAGUGACAACAUGCAGUUGUCUAUUAUUCAAUAAUAAUUUGUUCGAAUAAAAAAAAUGCCUAAAAGUAUGAUAUUCGAUGGCGAUUUAAUUUGUAUUUUCUUACCGGAACACGCAGUGUAAAUAUUGUUUUCUGAAAAUCGACUUAAUAAAAUUGGUGUGCGUAUAGGUUUUUUUUUUUUGUAAUUUUUUUACUCGUUUAGUAGAGUGCAUUUUAUUUGAUAUAUUAUGGCGUUUACACUUCUCGGUUUUUAAUGCAUUCAAUUUUUAGCCAUAAUAAUUAAUAUUAUAAUUUUGCCAAAAUUCUUCUUGUAUGACGAUAAGUGUAAACAUAUAUUCUGGGUGCGCCGGUGCAGUGACAUUUUCUGAUAAAGUAAUUCAUUUUUCAUGUCAUACCUUUAUGCGGAUCUUUCGUCUGAUAGUACUUUAUUUCACUAAUAUUUCGAAAUUCCCGGUAAUUUUUUUAAAAAAAUUAUUAUUUUGUGCAUUUGAAACCAUAUUUUUAGUUAGGCAAACGUUACAAUUUCUUCACUCAGUACCCUAAAAAAUACGGAAUUUUCGGGUGGUGUGAUUAUAGUGAUUAAGUGACUAUAGUGACUAUAGUGAUCCUAGUUUCUUUUCUCUAUCCCCAAUCACACUAUCACCUCUUACGAUCAGAACUAUCACUCCACCGCGUGUUUAGACCAUAUUAAUCCGCGAUUCCUUAUUUUUAAAUGUGUGUAAUAAAGUUCACAACUGUGCUGUUAGAUUUGAGUUUUUUUUUUUUGGUUGUUUUCGGUUUUAACUGGUUUUUCAAUAUUGUCUUUUACGUCUUGUAACUGCCGCUCGGCGUAUGUAUUGUAAAUACAUUGCAUUUCGUUGGCGAAUCCAGGAUGCAGUCAAUUAUUUCAUCAAAUAUGUGCGUCGCGCGAUGCUCAUAGAAUAAUAAAAAAUUUCCUUUUUCGUGGCUUACAUCUCUACCUAUAUAAUAAUUGUGCGGUGCAGUAUUCCACGCAUCUUCUUUAUUCAUUAAUAUGCCCGCACACUCGCCUAUUGCCUAGCAAAGCUGUAUACAGUAUAAUAUAAUAUACAUUACAGUAGGUAUUAUAUAGCUACCGUUAAUUUUCUCUGCCAACGCCUUUCAGUUGUGGUUACGUAUCUAUUUUGUUUGUGUCUCUCCCGACGAUAAUUUCGUUUUUGUACAUGUUAUUUUCUCGGGUUUUUAAAUUUGUUUUCAUUUUUACAGCCACAACUCCCGUAAAAACAUCGCCGGAAUCGCCGACCACGGUCGAACGGCCCAGGACCAAUAACGCGGGAUCCGGUCAAAAUCCUCCGACAAAGGUAUUCAAAAGAACAUAUUAUUAUUAUAGAGUUAUUUGUUUUUUAUCAUUAUUUUUUUAUUAUUAUUAUUUUAACAUCUCGUGUAGAGACACAGAGGUGUGCUCGAUACGUCAUUUUUUUUUUUUUUUUUUUAAUAUUUAACCCAUUCAUCAUUCGCUUUUGCAGUUAAAUAUUUUUGUUAUUUUUUGAUUGUGUAGGGUAUUUCUCCGAAUGCGAUUUUUUUUAUAAUAUACCUAAUACUGUCUGUUUUUUUUUUUUUUUUUUUGUGUGUGUUUUUCAAUAAUUAUUGCGUUACAUAUUAUAUUAUACUUUCUAGUUUUUUUUUUAUACUUAUAUAUGUACAGUACUUUUGCCAUUUAUGAUUUUUAUUUUAUACCAGCUAAAAAUGUGUUAAUUUCGUAUAAUACACAUGUAUAUCAACUGCAGUUUUCUUAUCGGCUUUCUAUGAACGAUAUAAUCAUUUUUAAUUCAUCUAUCUCUACACAUAACAAAAUAAUAUUAGGCGUAGCCGAAAAAUUGAUAGAGGCUGCACCUCCUGAACACACAAAACAAUUAUUGUUGUUUUUUUUUCCCCAUUAGAGAGAUACUGACACUCUGAUGUAUUACGACCAAAUUAAAUAAUUUUAUUACGCUAUAUUAUUAUUCGUUAUGUAAAAAGAUAUUUUCGUUGCGACAAAAUACCAAUCCAUAUAAUUAUUAUUAUCCCGGUUGUUUUAAAUUUGAAUUCGAUUCUGCAAAAAAGUGACAUAUGCAUUACACUUGGUAAUUUCAGACAAAUUUGACGAUAACGAAAAUAUUCGAAAUGAGAUUCUAGUUCUGUUUAACAUCAGGGGCGUGGAGUUGGCAUUACAUAAUUAGCAGAAGCAUAUCCAACAAUGUAUAGAUAGACGUGUUGGAAACUUAUUGGAGUCCCUAUUUUUAACUAUCCAAAACUUUGUAGUGCAAACACAUCUAGCAUUACAUUUUUAUUAGAUUAUUUAUGCUAUAGAUGUGUUGUACAACAAUGUUAAAUGCGGAAUGAAUAAUUAGGUUGGGGCUUUAAUAAAUUCUAACAAGUUUCCAACGAUGCCUAAUAAUUCUAUUUGAACAUUGUUGGUUUUUGAACGGUUUUAAUAAAAGUGUAAUUUUAUAGGUAUAAAGUUAGAAGUACCUACAUAAUUUAACGUAUGCUAGUUGAUAAAGGGGGAGGGGACGUCAACAAAUUCAAACUAGUCUCUUUAAAUAUUUUUGAAUAUGUUUUGAAAAGUUCUGCUAACAAUUUAAUGUGUCAACUUUACGUCAUUUAACAUCGCACGUAUAAUACAAAUUUAUAUUAAAACAAAUUCUUCAACCUACGGAAACCGAAAUUACCCAGUUAUGAAUCACCGAUUUAAUGUACCGAUCUGUGUAUAGACUUUUAAAUUUAUUAGUUUAACGUAAUUUUCACAACUUUUAACAACUAUUACGGUUGACGAUCGGCGAGGUACUUUAGACUAACAUUUGAAAAAAAAUGCGCAUCAGCGGUAAAAUUAUUAUUUAUAUACCACGUCAAAAUUUAUCAUAUUUAUUUAUUUUUUUUUUUUAUUUAUAACCUACACUUUAUUUUUAUGUUUAUUUAUUUGUAUUGUCCAGGAGGACAGCUUGGAUCUUAUGGGAUCUUAUAAGCCUGAGAUCUACUGCUAGAAGGUAAAAUAUAUCACAUACAUAUUGUACGUGUAUAUAUAUAUAUAUAUAUAUAUACUAUUAUUUAUUAUAUAUGUACAUGUAUAAUAAUGUAUAUAGUUAUUAAAAUAAAUAAAACUAUGCUUUGGGUUGUGUGGUGAAAGUUUUCAUAGAUAGAUAUUAUUAAUGCAUGACUAUUAUUAUAAUAAUAUUACACAGCUUCUAUACAAUAAAAUUAGUCAUAUACCGUACCUACAUUAUAACAUUAGAAAUGUUACUAUACUAUUUUCUAAUCUUUUUCCAAAUAGUUAGGUACACUAACAUAAUAUAAUAUAUUUGCUGUUAUGUACUAUUAUAAUGUUAAAGUAUGUAUUCUGUACAUCACCUUUAAUACAUUUCUGACAAAUCCAUCCGUAUACAUAAUAAAUCCUUACAAUAUAUUGUGUAUUUUUAAAUAAAACAGUGCCUAGUGUAUUAAAAUACAUUUAUUGUUAUUAUUACUAUUAUUAUUGUGAACACUUGAUGUUAUUUCCAAUAUUAUAGGGUUUUUUUUUUCUUUUUAAAUGUUUGAUAAUGCAUUUACAAGAAAUAUAUUAAUCAUUUUCUUUUGAAAUAAACCGUCUACUUUUUAUUUUCUGGGCAUAUUCGUGUACAGCAGUCUGCAAUACAUGAUCUAGGCAUUUUAUCGACAAUAGUUUAUCGAUUCCGUGUAAAUUAUUACACUGUAGUGUAUUGUUUCAAAAAAAAUCAUCAACAAUUUCCGUACAAUUUAUUCGAGUUAUAGCCUCUUGGUUUUUGUUAAAUUUAAAUUAUUUAAUAUUUGUAUAUUUAUACUAGUUUUCUCAUUGGGGGCUAUAUCAUAUGGUUUCGUUUUUUUUAUAAUGUUUUAAAAUAGUCUAUAGUUGUAAUAAAUUGUAAAUAUAUUACACAGGUAUAAAACAUUUAAUAUUUGGAUUAUUAAAUUCGUUUUGAAACAAAUUGGAUCCCGAAAUCUGCCCAUAAAAUAAAAACUUUAAAUUUGCAGUAUUACGUAUAACAUACGUAAACAAAACGAACAAAUUUAAAAAAAAAUCGGGGAUUUUUGCGUAGGUAUAUAAUAGAUACGCGUUCUUUUAUGUAUCAGUUAUACUGUAAUAAUAUUAAGUUUAAAAUUAUGGAAAUAUUAUUGAAACGUCCUAUAUUGAUAAAUGAUAAGGAUACAAUUCAAUCAAGAGGGCGUCUCAUGUGUUGUCGUACGUGUUAAAUUUGCGUGCAGCAGGAACAACAUUGUAGUGUUAGUUUUAAUAUUAGAGUGAAUUGACCUUUUAACAUACUUAAAGAUAAGAAUAUUAUCUGUUCAACGAUGAUGCUAUUUUUUUGAUGUUUUAAUUUUCAAGAGACAUUUGAAUAUGUCAAAUAUUAUAAUUUUACAGUGUUUAUCUCGCUUGAAAAUUAAAAUAUCCGAAAAUUGCACAGAUUAUAAUUGUUGUUAUAAUAUUUAAGUUUGAUCAUUGGUUAACUCACUCUAUUAUUAAAACUAACAGCACAAAGUUCUUCCUGGUGACAAAUUGUUUAUUAUUAAUAUUAAUAUAUAUCGUACAUUUGUAAUGGUCGGUCCACAUAAUUUAUUUUCACCACUCCGUCGUUAACCGGUGUAACAGAUGCAUUUUUACCGGAUUGUGUUGGUGGCCAGACCAUCCGUUUUUAACGUACAAUUUUCCCGCCAAAUUUCAAAACAUUCCCGCCAUGUAAGGUUAUGUUAUAGUGUUAUAUCACAUUACAUAGAACAUUUGUGCUUCACGUUUACUUAUACUUACAAUCGUUUUUUUUUUUUUUUUUUUAUUGAAGUUCAUAUUGUUUUAAAUUUUCUAGUUGCUUUAAAUUAACAAAUUGAAUUAAUAUAUUUGGAAUUGCAAAAUUUUUUCGGAUGACAUGAAGUAUACAAUGAACGGACGAUAUUGAGUGAUUCCAUUAAUCAAAAAUCGCGAAACAUAAUUUCAAUAUUUUCAUAUGAACAUACACCAUUACCACAAAACGUUUUUCAAAUAUGUUCGUAUAAGGAUUAAGACUUGAUGAAUUAUUGGAACGAAUACGUUAAAGUAUUACAAAUAAAUUAACUGUACUUAGAGAACAAUUAAAAAAUAAUAAUUUAUAUAUUUAUAUAUAUAUGUGUGUGUGUGGCCUAAAAGCUUCGAUUCGCGUGGAAUGCGUUAAAAGCGAAUGUGUCCACUGCCACUAAAAACAAUGACGUGUUUUGAAAUAAAAAAAAAAACAUUAUCUGGUAUCUGUUAUUAAUGCAGAAUGUUGCAUUGCCGAUUGACAGACAACAGAACGUUGUGUAUAUAUUUAUACGUUUAUAUUCAUAUCAAUGUGUUUCGUUUUUAUCAGCUAACGUAUCCGUUUUCAUCGGUUACCUCGGACUAAGAUACACAGGCCUGGGGAAACAGAAUACUCCUUAAAUGUUGUGCAAAAUCUAAGUUUUCGAAAAUAUCGGCUUUAACUACACUUAAAAAUUACAAAAAUCAGAAUUUGAAUAUAUACACAAAAUUUAACCAAAAUAAUGGGUGAGCAGUGAGCACGUUUAUUGAAUCACUCUGUCUGUAUAUAUAUCUUAUAGAUAGUAUAUUUUAAACUUAUACCUACUUCAAAAAUUCUAAGUAGCCAUGUAGGUAAUCACUAAUCAAUUUCAUACAAACAUACAUAAUAUAAUAUAUUACCCAUAUAAAUACUUGCUAUAAUUUAAUUUACAAAAUAAUAUACGUGCAUUAAAAUUAAACCAAAUAAAAUGAAAAGGUAUCAAGGUUCCAAGCUAACAAAUUUUAAUUUUCAUUUGAAGCUUUGAAUAAAGUACUUUUUGAAAUACAUUUAUAUACGCUAUUUCACCUAGGCAUUUUGAAAAAAAAAACUUAUGAGGACUAGAUCUUAAAAGUAUACACAUUAUGUAUACAAGUAUGCAACUUAUGGUAGAGAUGGCUAAUAGAUGCCUCAACAUACGUCGUAUCGCAAAGCGUUGCACAUUCGGUCUCGACCCCGCAUUCCGCAAACAGAUUCGUUUCCAGUUCCAGGCGCGUGUACAAGAGGGGACACUGAAAUUUCAUAAAAAUUAUGAUGAAAGAAGAUUUUUAAAAGUCUUAAAAGUGGUUUCUGUCAAUGAGGAAGAUAAAUACAUCUUAGUUUUAUUUUUAUUUUAUUUGGUACUAGAUAGUAGGUAUAUAGUCAUUUCUAUUUUUUAUGGUUUUCCUGCUCUUAGAAAAUAAUAACUGAUACGGCGAUAUUGCAUUGUCCGCCAUUAUCAUCACAAUAAUAUGAAUUACGUUAUCAUUUAGGCUGUAUUCUCUAAAAAAUAUAAAAUAUAAAAUUAAGUAAUGGGUAUCUAAAAGGCUAAAAAUGAAUGCUAUAAAAUUUUGACAUUUUUAAUAAAAAAAUAAAUAAUCCUACAAUUGAAAGUAUGUUAACUCCUUUGUUAUAAGUGUAUGAAAGUGUACAACAUUAACCCCUCCCCUUUCCUCGAAAUAUUUUUUUGUAAACCUGUCCAGUCCUGUAUGUUUUUAGUCCGUGUCGUUUACCGAUGGAUCGGUGAAAACGGAUAGCACAUGCGGUGCUCUUAACAAGUUUAAAAUUGUGUAUGAUAUUAUUAUUAGUAUUAUUAUUAUGGUUUGCAACCGACACGAUCGAUAUUACAAUAUUGUCUGAUGGUGCGUUCGUUGUUUAAAUAUUAUUAUUAAAUUCAAACCGUACAAUACUUUUGUCACAAUCGGUAAAUCAGAUAAUACAGAUAAUGUAAUACCCACAGUCCUACUAUAUUCAAUGUUCAUCGUCAUUUAGCGUACGCUAAAUUUUAGAUAAUAAACGAUGGUCGCGUGUUAUAAUAGUCAAAUAAUAAAAAGAUAAUACGGCAACAAACAACGGAUGAGGUGCGUUGGUGAUUUCACACACCUAGUUCACUUAUUGUCAAAUGACUCAUGUAGAAAAGUUGUUUUUUUUUUUUUUUUAUUAUUAUUAUUAUUAUUACAUUUUAGUUUUAUUUUCAGUUCGUUUGCGAAUAUUUAACAAAUAAGGUGUUUAAUUUUUUAUACAUAAUAUAUAAUAAAAAACCGAAUAUUUCUAUAAUUUUUGUUUGAUUCGAUUUCGUUGUGCCUAUAAAAAUUGUCAACUUAAUAUUUGACAGUCUUUAGUGUAGAUAAUAUUAAAUAUUUGUUAUUUUGUAUAUUUCAACAUACAAUCGACUGCUGCUCAGGUAACCGAUUUAUUUUAAAAUUAAAAUAUUAUUACUACAACAUUAAACGUCAUCGUUAUAGGUAUACAUUUUUUGCGGUUUCUUGUCGUCGUUGAGUUUUUGACCUUGACGAUUUUACGUUUUUACGUGCAUCGUUACUAUGACAAACUACUGCGCGUUUAGGUUAAAACGAACGAUUCACAAAAUUAUCAAAUCAUUAAUUAGCUACGGACUUGUGUUUAGUUAAGGGGAAUUACGUAGGUUUUAACACGACACAAAUUAGGUACCUAUAUGAUUAGUUUUGCACUCUAUAUUGCACUUACCUAUUGUACCUAUUUAGUAUUUCAGUUCAUUUUGUGUAUUUGCCUGUUUAGUUAUAGUAGGUACAAUUUAACCUGAUACAUCUAAUGUCAGCCGCACAAAACAAAAAUAUUAUUUUCUAUAUUCUAUGCCGUCAAGUAUUUGUAAAUUUUGCAUUAUUCAUUUACUACAUUUACGAUGUUUAAUAAAUAAUAACAUAGUCGUUUUAUGUUCGAUAAAGUUGAUAAAACAUCGACAAGAAGUAAGUCGAUACGAAUAGGUAAUAAAACAACAUUAUUAUCAUUAUCGGUUAUGCAUUUUUCAUUUUAAUAGCCCUUGAUAUUAUUACCUAUUUCUGUACGCACUGUAUUUCGGUAUUUCUACUUAUCGCUAAAAAUAUUAUUUUAUAAUUAUAUUGAAUUUGCUCAUACUUAUUAUGAUGUCCGGUUUCCUAAUAUUUAUUUUCGUAGUAGAUAGUUCAGGUAGCAGAAUUUUGUCUUUUAUAUUAAAUAUUAUUUUGAUUCUUAUGAAUUCGUAGUCCACCGAAAAUAUUAUUUCUAGUACGUACAUUUUCUAAGAUUUAAGCUAUAAUAAACCUUACAGUCAAUCGUCGGUUUGUUUGUUUAUUCGACAAAUUGUUUAUAGUAUAAUUCAUUAUGGAAGUUUAAUAUAUUAUUAUUUUAUUCGUUGGUAUUCCGCGGAAAUGUGCUAAACGCGUCUUUAAACGAAUAUUUCAAACGCCAUAGUGAUUUAGAUUUUAUCUAUACAGUGGCGAAUCCAGGGGGGGGGGUGAUCCCUCCCAUUCACCCUUCAAUUAUACUUACCUGCGUUAUACUCUUGGCUUGAUUCUUUAUUGAGCCCAUCAUAAAUGCGUACCUUUUAAUUUACAUUUUCAAAAUCGCCUCCCCCAUUAUCUUGGAUCCACCCCUGUAUCCGUGCAAUGACAAUGAUAAUGAUAAUAAUAAUAAUAAUAAUAAUAAUAAUAAUAAUAAUAAUAAUAUUCCUUCGUAGAAUUCUUGCGUUUAAGUUUCACCUAUGUAAUGCAUGCGUUUUUAUAAUUAGACCGUCCACGGUAAUAAUAUAAUAAGUCUUCCAGAAAAAUAAAAUUAACACGAUAUUACCAAAUCGUCCGCUGUACAAUUAAAUCCACCUACAUUAUAAUCAUCGUCGUCGUAUUAUAUUUACAGCGAUUUACGAAUUUGUUUUGUUUUGUUUUGUUUCAGUUAGGUGCAGGCGUUGGCGGUUGUAAAAUUUGCAACCAUUCCGUGUUUUUAGCCCAACGUCUGCUUAUUUCUGGCCACCUGUUCCAUCGGACGUGUUUUAAAUGCGCCCGAUGCGGUGCUCUGCUAAGUGUGGCCAACUACUACGAGACACAAGACGGCAAGUACUGUUGUGAAACGUGUCCGGACGAAGAGCGAAUAAUCGUGUCGCCGUCGCCGGUCGAAAACGGACACGGUUCAUUAGUCGGUAAUCGUAGGGCACUAUUCGAAACGCUGGCUGCUGCCGAUUGUACAGAUGACGUGAAAGCGUCGAAAAAAGCGCAGCGGCCGGCCUCGCUUAAAAUGACUGAUUCGAUAACCGAAGAAAAAAUUAUUAGCGACGACAACGACAGCGGUGUCAUUGUCAGCGAUAAAAAAGAGUCUAGUGAUAUGAAAACGUCCACGAGCGCUAGUGGAAGUCGCGAAACUCUCUCGGACGUGAUCGUGGACGAACCCAAAGAAGACGCUCUAAUCGUACCGGAGGACCAAAUAAUUGUUCUCUCCAACACCGAAUUGGACAGUAACAACUCUAUUGAAAGCGUCGAGCCUGACGGUCUGACGGAAAUAAAACAAAUUAGUAGCCCCGUCUUACUGCCGGCCGAACUGAAACAAUUCAACGGAGAACCCGUCGAAGACGCGAAAACCGAAGAUCCGAUUACGGAAUCUGAAUUGCAUGAUGUUGCGAUUAAAGAAACCGUCGAAUCACCGAAUAAAAUUCAAAUUCCAUUAUCGGACGAUUUGAAACAGCAAGUUUUAGAAUGCCCUUUGAGUAAAGAUGCGGAAGAGCCGUCAGCGGAAUCUCCUGAGGAUUUGGAGAUCAAAACUCUCGCGAAUAAGCUACUUAAAAUGGAUUAUUAUGAAAGUAAUAAAGAGGUACCGGUUCCUAGCCCUAGAAAAAAAAUCAAAUCUCCAGUAAAAAUCGAUUAUCCUAAAAGUUUAAAUCCUUUCGAGGAUGAAGACGAUGAUGAUGACGAUAAAGACAAACAUAAUAGCACGAAUCCGUUUGGAUCGGAUUUAGAAGACGAAGAAGAACUCCCAAAAGUCCCAACGAAAACAAAUGUUAGUUUGAAUCCAUUUUCAAGCGAUGAGGAUGAAAAUGAAGUUGUAUCACAACCUCCAUUACCUAAACCUAGGUAAGAAAUUAUUUAAAAUUGUUUAUUUUUGAACUAGGAAUUUUUUGACCAUAAAUUCAUAUAUUUCAUGUAUAGCCAAUUUAAUAUUUUACUAUAUUUUGGCUUAGUGUUCUAAUUGGAUUUAUUGUUAUAGUUCUUCUUUAUGACUAUUGACUAGGUAUUACUAUUUUCGCCAAAGGGUGGUUGGCCAUUGGGGUUUCUAUACAAAAUAAAUGUAACUAAAAGAAAAUAUAAACAAUUUAAUAUGUUUACAACUAGACAACAAUUAUGUUAUGUGUUCAGGAUAGAGAAAAACGUUUUUAUAAUAUUAUAUUGUCUUCAAAUAACUAAAUUAAUUUAAAAAUGCAUGUUUCAAAUGGAAUUAUAAACUAGUUUGAAAUCGUUUUUAAAUUGCGAUAAUUGUUAUUAAAAUUAAAAAUAUUGCUGAUGGGUGUGUCAUUUUUAUUGAUGGGAAGUUAGGAAAUAGGAUAUUAUACAGAUUAAUUCAAUUUGUAUCUGUACAAUGGACCUACUAGAAAGAAUUUCUUUAUAGAAAAGAGAUAUUACACUUAAAGAUUUUUGGUAGAAAAGUGGUUCAGACAGAAAAAAAAAGGGACAUAGUAAAACAUACAUUUGUUGUUGUGCCCAGAAUCUAAAAUAUAACAUAAUUUUAUUAUGUAAUAAAUUUUUUUAAUUUCAGAACAAUGUUAUCUCCUAUAAUGAAACCUAGACACCAAACACAUCGUAAACUAAGUAGUGUCUCUAGUAUAUCUUCUUAUUCGAACUCUCCCCGCAAGAAAAAACCUGCUCCACUACCACCAAAACCUAGACAAUCUCUUGGAAAUAUAGAAUAUUCCAAUAAUACACAAGUGAUUUCAUCCCCCAAUAGUCUAGAGGAUAGUUGUAGUGGUAGCGAUCCGUCGUCAGUUACUAGUCAAGAACAUUAUAGGUUACAUAAGAGUACACAUGGCAAAUGGAAACGAAAAAAAGGUCCAGCUCCUCAAUGUCCAAUACCGCAAAGGAGACGAAUUAAACCCAUGCCCAUAGAAGAUAUCAAACAAGAGUUGUUAGAUAUAGAAAUAAAACAGCAAGAGCUUGAAAGACAAGGAGUGAAGUUAGAAAAAGAUAUUCGAUUAAAGUGUAAUGAAGGUGUGUUUAUAGGGUCAUAAAAAUAUGUUUGAUUACUUUAAUUGAUUAAAUUUAUUAAUAGAAUUUUCUUUUAGAUUUAAACAACGUUGAUGUUGAAGAAAUGGUGUUACAAUUAUUUGAACUAGUCAACGAAAAAAAUGAACUGUUUAGAAAACACGCUGAACUCAUGUAUUUGUAUGUAUUCACUACCAAUUCAAUAUAUUACAUUAUUUUACCAUGCAAUUUGCUUAAACUGUUAAUAAUUGUAGACGAAGACAACAUAACCUAGAAGAAGAACAUGCAGAAUUAGAAUACCAGAUACGUGUAUUGAUGACUAGACCUGAUCACACUAAAACUGAUACAGAAAAAGCACGAGAAGAAGAACUCAUCCAAAGGUAUAUAAUAAACAUGUUAUCAUUAUGAAUAGAAUUAAUCAUUAUGUUAUAGAAUGGUUAAAACACAUAUAAAUGAAAUUGUAUUUGAAUAUUUAUUUUUUUUAAUAGAUUGGUUGAAGUCGUGGAAAAACGUAAUGAAAUUGUUGAAAAUCUAGAAAAAGAUAGGUUGCGAGAAGCUGAAGAAGACCGUAGCGUGUUUAAUCAAAUUGGAACUUUUGCUCAAGGUUCAAAAAAUAUCCAUCGUAUAGUUUACUAAUAUAAAAAUAUGUUUGACAUCGUUAGUGGUUUGCUGAAUGAUGUUUUAAUCGUUUUUAAGGUGAUUGCAUGUGUACGACAAUUUGCUUUUUGUGUUGCUUGAUUUUCAAACAGAGAUAAAAAAUCUAUGGUACAUAAGUUGUUUCAUUUAACUUAAUAAGAAAUAAACUAAAGCCCAAAUUUUCUCAGUAUAUUUAUAAAAAUAACUAUAUUUUAUGAAACGAAAAAUCUAAGUUUUUUUUUUCAUUUAUUUGAUUAUGAAUUUGUUGGUUUUAAUACUUGUAUAUACUAAAACAAGAUAUAUUAAAUAAUAUUUCAAUUCAAUAUUUAUUUAUUGAUGGUUUCAAAAAAAUGUUUUAUAUAUAUAUAUAGAAGUAUUUAAAAUUAUAUAUAUAUUAUAAUAAAUGUUAUAUACUAUAUAUUAUAUGUUAUGUUAUAUUAUAUUUAUAUUUUUUUGUAUAUGAAAACUAUUCGUGUGCUGUUAAUUUUAACAUUAGGGUGUAUUUGUAUAUUAUUAAACCUAAAGAUAAGAACAUUGUCUAUAUUUGAACUUUAGUUUUUUCUCGAUAUUUUAAUUUUUAAGCCAGUUAUGAUUAUAUAAAAUAUUAUAAUUUUAAAAUCAGCUUAUCUCACUUAAAAAUUAAAAUAUCGAAAAAAACCAACGUAUAAACACAAACAAUAUUCUCACCUUUGAGUUUGAUAACAGGCCAACAUACUCUAAUAUUAAAAUUACAACAUUUAUCGUAACAUGUAUACAAACAAAGCCAUAAAAAUAUUGAUAUAUUUAUGUACCCGUUAAAUGAAGCACUAUGUUUGAAGUUUUAUAGUUUUUUGUUAAUAAUUUAAACUUAAAAAAGUUAUUCUAUAAUUCUAAUUUUAUUAUUUCAAUUCUUUUUUUACCUUAGACGUGGAACUGCAUUUGUGGUUUGUGAUUAAUUUUUAUUGUAUGUUUUUAUUGUAAUCGUGCUUGGGAUUGUUGCUACUUUAAAAAAAAUAACAAUCUUUUGUUAUAUUAAAAUCAAUGAAUGCAUAACAUUUUUGUAAUCUUAGUUCUUAAUAAUUCAUGUUCACAAAUACUUUGAAACUAGUAAAAUAUCACUCAUAUUAAUUCCAUUAAAUUAUACAAUUUAUAUCUAUUGAUUUACUGAAUCCUAUUAUUUCUAUACAAUUAUUUAAAAUUAUUACACUUAAAAUGAGUUGUAAUGUUCUGUAUAUAUUUGCAUUAUUCUUUUAAUGUAAUAAAAGAAGUAUCUUAGAAAAAAAUUAUAUUAUAUUUUCAAUAAAUGAGAAAUGCAUUGCUUUUAUACUAACCAUAAUAUUUGUUCCCAGAAAAUAUUUAAGAUAAUAUGGUGAAGUGCUAUACAAUUUGUUUGUAGUAUGUCGUUUAAAGUGUAGUGUUGGCAGUAGAAUGUAUCGCAAUUUGAAAUACAGCCAAACUGAAUUUAAAAUUAUAAAUUUAAUACUUACAUAAUAUUAAAAAAAAAAAUCAAACAGAUAUAAUAUUUAUAUGUGACUAUUCUAAAAUUGAAACAUUUUUUAGGUUUCCAAAAUUAUUUUACUUAAAUAAUAUAUUUUAACAUUAUUAAAAAUUUAUAUUUAAUUACUCAUUUAUCACAAAAAGAAAUUUAUCUUUAUUUCUUAGUUGCUAAGUUUCUUAGUAUUCAUUUUUUUUUAUUAAUCAUAAAAUAUAAAUACUUAAUAGUUCACUUAAAUUAUCUAUUUAUUUUGUUCAAUAAACUAAUAUGUAUUUAGAAUCUGAGAAAAUUGAUUUUAGAUUUUCCACUUAACUGCUAUGAACUUUACAAAGUUGACACAUAUUAAAAUUUUGAUUUGCAUGCUAUUGUAUUCUUAAUGUAAUUGGCAUUAUUAAUUUUGAUUAGUGCAAAUGUUACUGCAUAUUUAAUUUUUUUUGUUUUUUUACCAGAAAUAAUAUAAAAAAAAAUUGAAUUGUGCUUUAUUAUUACAAUUUGAUUAGUUUGAAAAUGUGUAUUGUCUGAUUGAUAUACAGUGCAGCAUAUUUUUUUUGUUUGUAACUAUACAUAAUAGUGUUAAUUUUUUUUUUUUGUGUAAAAUAAUAUUUUGAUUAAUUGUUCUAGACGAAACGUUGCCAUGCAAUAAGCCAGCAGCAGAUAAUAUGUCAGUAGUGAGUGGCAAAAAGAACUUUUCCAAAAGACUGUUGAAGAAUAUCAAAAAGGUUAAAUCAAAAAAAGACAAACAUGAUAACUCGUUGUCGCCAUCUCAAUCACCGUCAAAUUCCUCGUCACAAAGCAAAGGCACACUAAAAAAAUUUAUGACUCUAGGACACUCAUCCAAGAAACUCCUUAGACCAAAGUCCACUUAGGAUUAUCCAUGUGUUUUGAUAUAAAAUGUUUUUGUAAUUUAUUAAUUUCUACAUUUAUUUAUAUUAUCAAGCACCUGAUAAAAUAAUACUCAUAAUGUUGAUAUUGUUCUGUUGCUUGUCAAAUGUUGUCAAAAGUAAAUUUUAUAAUUUUUUUUUUUUUAAUCACUUUAAUAGUUAUUAAAAUGUUGUGUAUAUUAUAUCUGAAGUUAUUUGUUAAUUUUAUAUUAUUAAAUAUUUUUGUUGUAAUUUCAAUAAGAGCCAUAAGAGUCUCAUUAAUGGUUGUGUCGCUUGUGACAACAUUUAAACAGUUUUAAACGCAUCGCGUACAUAAUCCAUUAUAUUAUUGGACCAUGAGCUUGUGCAUAAUAUUUAUGUAUCUAUUUAUUUGUUUUGUACUUAACUAUUAUCAUCAUUAUUAUUAUGAUUCUUUAACAUAGAGAUCAAUUUAAUUUAUUUUACCAAUUAUGUAAUUAAUUAAAUAAUAACCCAUUUACAUGACAUAUACCUAGGUUAUGAACCUAUUUAUAUGUAUUGUUUUUAAUAUAUUUGUAUUAUUUAUGUUUGUACCUACAUUAUUUUAAUAAAAAAAAAAAAAAAGGAGAAGUUAACCCAAUUGUGAAAAUAUUAUUUUGAUUUACAAUAUUUGCAUAUCUAAAUAAACUAUUGAUAAUAUUAUGAAUUAUGAUAUUAUUAAAUUCUAAUAAUUGUUUAGUUUACCAAUAAAUUUAUAAUGAAUU